CAUAAAUCGAGGGUUAGCCUGUUAUGGAGGAAGGAGCGGAGCCUAGGGGGCUGUCUUCUGACAAACGAGACUGGUGGGGGCUAGUUCUGAGGCGUGAUUUGGAAAGGUAACGCUCCAUACAGGGCGCCGAGGACACGUCUUCCUGGCUGAAAAAACAACACGAGCGAAGAGAGCUAAAAAUUACAGGACAGCCAUAAUUACAAGCCAAGCAUGGAUCCACCAGCUGCCAAACGCCCUACUGUUACCCGCCGCUGUCGAGUUUAGCUCUGCGGCCGCAGCGGAACCUCAGCGGCGACGGAGGCGUCAACAAUCUUUGUUUGCGUUUUUCCAGGGCUUUCCCUCCGCUUUGACGUCGCUCUACAGUCGUGACAGCUACCACACCGUCCGAUUUUGUGUAUCGACUAAGGUUACCCUCACACAUGGAGUCCUCGCAGUAGUCAUUUGCCUUUUUUUCCAUCGGAUGGUCCUCUAUCGCGGACGCGGCAGUCAUGUUUUCAGUGCGGAUCGUCACCGCUGACUUCUAUCUGGCGAGUCCCAUCAAAGAUCUGGACGUGUGCUACUCUGAUUUCAGAGAGAGCGACGUGAAGAAAGUCCCGGUGGUGCGGAUAUUUGGAGCUACACCUGCAGGUAUGACAGCUUUUGUGUUUCUUCUGAGUGGUUGUUAAUGACGCUAAUGGUGGUUGGGCAUUCCUGGCUGCAGCGCUCCUCCACGCGGCGCUUUACGUGGUGUCUUGUUUGCUGUGUGGACACGCGUGCACAUAAACACGUAUGCGCCGUGUGGAUCGGGGGGAGACAUAACUGAUCUGUUUUUUUAUAUGCAAAGUGACAACAGGAAGGUGUUGUACGGUGGUGACACGGUGGAGCACCACGACGUGCUGGUGGCAUGCAGACAAGCUCUUGCAGCGGGGGAGUCUUGCAUGGCUCCCCCCUCCUCACACGGCUGGGCUUUGUUUUCGCUCCCUCUGCUCUACCAUGCCAUGCUUAUGGUGGAGGGGGACUCCACUGGCUCAGGGCUCUCCUUGUGCCUCCAGUUGCAACAUGUGUCAUUCAGAGACUGCUUACAUUUUUCCCUCAAGGCGGUUUUAUUGUGUUUGUAACAACCUGUGGAGUGUUCACAAACAGUAAACUGCAUCCUCUAUGAGCUUUUUUGUUGUUAUUCAAGUUAAAUCAGUAACAGCUGACAGAUUAUUGAACGUUUGCAUCUCCAUUGUGAAAUAAAAUGACAAGCAUAAUGUUAAUGUUGAUGUUGAUCAGCAGUCCUGAUCUUAUCAGAUCUGGACUGCAUUCUCUCAGAGAGUCUACAGACUUCUCCUAAGACAGCAUAACAUCUGUUAGACCUAUACUUUGUUGGAAGUAUGCAAGAAAGUGUGAUUGUACUGCUAACCCUAUUUCAAGACCACAUCUGACUGGGUCCUUAUUAGGGCUGGGCAAUAUGGAAAAAAGUUUAUCACAAUUUAUUUUUUUCAUAUCACCAUAUAUAAAAAAUGAAAUUUAACAGUGCGUAUUGGUAGUAUGUCUUUUGCAAUAGAAUAAGCUUCUGCAUCUGUGAGGUCUUUGUGUCUCUGAUGUUUUGUUGUAAGGCAUUGGGCUAGAGAAAGUGGACUGAAUGGUCGGCUGUUUCGGCUGCACAGGCGCCAAAUGCAAUAAAAUGGCAGUUUCACCUUUUUUAAAAACUUGAGACCACAUUGGACCAGGUUCUGAUCAAAAACCCCAGUACCUAUGCUUGUCAAGAUUGGUGCAAAUCAUUGUCGUGAGAGUACAGUCUCUCUAAAACAUGGAUUCACUUUUGAGAAACCUUAACCCUAUUUGGGAAAAUGCAAAAAAAAAAAAAAAAAAAAAAAAUAAGGGUACAGAGCAGGCUCUCAAAAUCAAAUUUUCAGAUUUAUGAAACCUUAAUCUAUAUUUGUGUAAAAAAGGGGGGUAUUUUACUCUAAAUUCAUUAAACCAGACUCAGAUCUGGAGCCACAUUGCCAGACUUCUUAGAUUUGGACUAGAUUAUUGCAGAAAGGCUGCAGACUAAUUUGGGUAUUGGCCAGAUUUGUGAAACCUUUUUUUCAGUUGUGAAUAUGCAAGAAAAAAGGACAGCUGAACUGCAUUAUUCUUGUUCUGAACAGUAUAAGAACAAUGGAAAUGCUAUUUAAGUAGGGAAAAUGCAGGAAAAGGCCAUUCCACCUUUCAUUUCAGUUUUACCUCAGCAUCAGUGUGGACCAAGUCCUGAUCCAGAACUGCUAUAAGUAGACCUCAUACAUCUGACUUCUGACAGCGAUAUAUCGCUGUUUUGUUUCGAAAAAGUUUUUCUUAAAGAUGGAGUCGUUUCAAGAAAUAUCUGCGUAAACAUGAUGAAAGUGCAUAAACAAUGUAGUUCAUACACCAAGCCAGUAAGUGGCGCUGUAACGCUGCCCCGGAAAUGCACCAAAAGACAGAAGAAGAAUACAAAUUAUGUAUAAAUGCUGUUUGGGAUGUAAUCAUUUCAAGAGAGAUGUGGACGGGCGUCUACACAGAAACCAAAAGGUCAUUGUGUACUGUUUAUGCGCGUUUUACAAAAUAUCGUUGACAGUCACCUGAAAUGCCAAUUUUGUGAGGAUUAAACGCCAAUAUGACAAAAAAACUUUUUUUGCGUUUCCUCCUGAAUUUGUUUCCCUGUGGACAGGGCCUUAAAUUAGAGGCUAUAGUCUCUCUGAAACCCUUUUUGUCUGUGGUCUGGGUAGAAAAAACAUAGUAAACAAACAUUUACUGCUAUUUUCUACAAACAAAGGUUUCAAAAGUCUUCAGACUCUGUAAGAUGAUCCAGUCCGCUGUCUGGCACAUCUAGAUAUAGUGGUUCUAGAUCAGGACCUUGUUUCCAUAACCUUUCCUCAGAAGCUUUAAAUGAGAUGCUAACUUCAGUAUGGACAAUAGGCAGCGUUGUCAGCAGGCAAAGAUAUCAGAUCUGAGACCUGAUAUUGGAACAAAAGAGGAAAGACUGAAUCCUGUAAAAGCUCUCUGGUGUAAUUUCUGCAAUCUAUACAGACAGACUAAGACAGCAGGAGCCAGUGUGACAGUACAUUAACAUGCAGCAUGUAGCAGUGGUGGAGAGCUGAUAGAUGAAAAUAAAGAUACCACUGGUGGAAGCCCAGACAAAGUCCAUACUUGAAAAGAUUCCUGAUGUCAGAAUUAGUGCAGACACACACUGUGUGCUGUUACAAGGAGGGGCUGAGCCCCACCAUAGAUUUGAUUUACCCUUCUCUCUAAUAAAUCCAUUAGAGCCCAGCUCUGUGCUACCUUAAUCCCUGCGCCACAAACAAUAGAAUCAUUUCCUGCACCAAGCUUGGCAUUAUCACUCCGGCUAAACUGUCUUAAGGUUUUUGCACCUUCUCUCCACCUCUCUUUGAGAGGUGAAAAUAUUGUUACAGUAUGGUGACUGUGUAUUCCCAGCAGGGUCAGCUCUCUAUGGAUAAAUGGGGGCUGAACCCACCCCUCAGGCUGUGGUGACACUCGGCUGCUGUGUCCCAACAGGAUACAACGCGGUGUGGAUUAGAGGAUGUGGAGCAGGGAGAUGGAGGACAGUAGGUCAGGGUGAGGGUGUCAGCUCUAAUUUGACUGUGUCAUGAACCUGCACGUUCACAUGCGGCUCAACUGAUAGAAAGAGGCUGCACACACACACACACACACACACACACACACACACACACACACACACACACACACACACACACUCUGACACCACAGAGGCUGAUGGUAGUGAAUGUAUGAAGAGCAAUUCACUGACUUGAGAUGAGUAAACUCUGAACACUGUCCUGAUAUCAGGCUCCCAGUUUGGAAACAUAUUGUUCCUAAUACUAAUGCAAGAUUCAUGAUUGUAUUUAUAUUUACAGAUAUAAUACAUUAUUUAAGAGAUAUGACCACUUUUUUGCUAAGAGGUGCAUUCUCUGGAAAGGCAGUGUUUGAACUGCAGCUUUAAGUCAAUCAUCAGAGAGACAAAAAUGAACCAUAAAAAUCAUAUACAGGGGCUAAACUGUUUAGAAUGUAAAGCCCAAUGUCUUUGAUUUAUCUUAUGACAGUCAUUCAAAUGUCAAAUCUAAAUAAAACAGGCGGGCAAAGGGUGUGGUGGGCAUGGCAUGUAACACACAAUUGGCAUUUAGUCUGACUUAAGAUGAGACAAUGCUUUGUGCCUCUACUUUUUUUGAGUAAUCAUAAACAGAUCUGCAUAAAAUUAUGCUGAAAAUGUCUUUAAACAGUUAAACAGCACAAACCAGGGGUGCAAACUCGUCACUGUUUUGGGGUGUUGAUCCACCACGCAAGCUCAGUCGUCAUGACUCCAAUUCGCUUUGUGGCAAUAUGUCUUCCAAGCUUGUUUGGCGGAUGCGCAAGCUUCUUUUUUUAAUGAUGCCCGUGUCUGUGUUGGCUAAAUGGAGCUGGUGAUGCUGCUGUUCAUCCUUGUGCCUCCUGCCAAUAAAAGCAGUAAAAGAAGCACUAGUUGUUGGCUAAAUAGGCUGGAAAAUGUGCUCUUUCCAGUCACCAUACAGUCAGUCAGUGCACUUACGGUAAUAACAACCAAAAGGUUCCAUUAUUGCCAACAUUUCUGAAAGGAGUGGUAAUCACUAGGUGACCAAUGAUGCAAAACAAUAUGAUAUGUAACAAAAUAAUUGCAAGUGUAUGUGCAUUUUACUUUGUGUGUGUGUUUACAUUUCCCUCAAAACAGGCACUGAAGGAGUAAAUAUUAAAGGGGAUCACACACCUAACACUUGGGCAGCUGUGGCUCAGUGGGAGAGUUUACUGUGGCUCAGUUGUAGAGUCUGCUGUAGUUCAGUAGUAGAGGCUGCUGUGGCUCAGUUGUAGAGUCUGCUGUGGCUCAGUAGUAGAGGCUGCUGUGGCUCAGUAGUAGAGUCUGCUGUGGCUCAGUAGUAGAGUCUGCUGUGGCUCAGUGGUAGAGUCUGCUGUGGCUCAGUGGGAGAGUCGGCUGUGGCUCAGUAGUAGAGGCUGCUGUGGCUCAGUAGUAGAGUCUGCUGUGGCUCAGUAGUAGAGUCUGCUGUGGCUCAGUGGUAGAGUCUGCUGUGGCUCAGUGUUAGAGGCUGCUGUGGCUCAGUGGUAGAGGCUGCUAUGGCUCAGUGGUAGAGUCUGCUGUGGCUCAGUAGUAGGACUGCUGUGGCUCAGUGGUAGAGUCUGCUGUGGCUCAGUUGUAGAGUCUGCUGUGGCUCAGUAGUAGAGUCUGCUGUGGCUCAGUGGUAGAGUCUGCUGUGGCUCAGUGGGAGAGUCGGCUGUGGCUCAGUAGUAGAGUCUGCUGUGGCUCAGUGGUAGAGUCUGCUGUGAUUCAGUAGUAGAGGCUGCUGUGGCUCAGAGGUUGUCUUCCAACUGGAAGGUCAGGGGUUCAAUCCCAGUGGCUGUUGACAUGCCUAAGCAUCCUUGGUAGCUACUUGACCCUGUGUAGGCGGGUUUGUGAAUGGAAUUAGUCACAAACUGAUGGGCUCUGUACACAAAAGCUCUGCCAUCAGUGUCUGAAUGUGAUGUGAAUGAGUGAAUGUGAUGUGAAGCAAGUCGUCAGAAGCCUUGCAAAAGUGCUAUAUGAACAUAGUCGAUUUACCAUAUAACCAACUUUAUCAAACUUAUGAAUUUUUUAUGCUUUUGGUGUCAUAUGCAUACAAUUAAUGCAGCGCUGUUUUUGUAAUCAUGCAGCUGCCUGAAGCCUUCAUUACACCACCACUGCAAGUGUUAUGAUGAGUUAAAAGUUUUGUUCUUUGUGUGUUGGGGUGGCAGCUUGUACUGGCUCUAUGUACCUGUUGUUGCUGGUGGCUGAUUAAAUUUGGUCUUUUUGUCAUCUGUAGUCAGAGUUCUGUCCUGUUUUGGCAAUAUUUUAUCCUGAAUUAAUUUUCCUUUGGGGAUAAAUAAAGUUCAUGUAUUGUAAUGUAUUAUACACUCACCGGCCACUUUAUUAGGUACACCUGUCCAACUGCUCGUUAACACUUUAUUUCUAAUCAGCCAAUCACAUGGCGGCAACUUAGUGCAUUUAGGCAUGUAGACAUGGUCAAGACAAUCUCCUGCAGUUCAAACCGAGCAUCAGUAUGGGGAAGAAAGGUGAUUUGAGUGACUUUGAACGUGGCAUGGUUGUUGGUGCCAGAAGGGCUGGUCUGAGUAUUUCAGAAACUGCUGAUCUACUGGGAUUUUCACGCACAACCAUCUCUAGGGUUUACAGAGAAUGGUCCGAAAAAGAAAAAAUAUCCAGUGAGCGGUAGUUCUGUGGGCGGAAAUGCCUUGUUGAUGCCAGAGGUCAGAGGAGAAUGGCCAGACUGGUUCGAGCUGAUAGAAAGGCAACAGUGACUCAAAUAACCACCCGUUACAACCAAGGUAGGCAGAAGAGCAUCUCUGAACGCACAGUACGUCGAACUUUGAGGCAGAUGGGUUACAGCAGCAGAAGACCACACCGGGUGCCACUCCUUUCAGCUAAGAACAGGAAACUGAGGCUACAAUUUGCACAAGCUCAUCGAAAUUGGACAAUAGAAGAUUGGAAAAACGUUGCCUGGUCUGAUGAAUCUCGAUUUCUGCUGCGACAUUCGGAUGGCAGGGUCAGAAUUUGGCGUCAACAACAUGAAAGCAUGGAUCCAUCCUGCCUUGUAUCAACGGUUCAGGCUGGUGGUGGUGGUGUCAUGGUGUGGGGAAUAUAUUCUUGGCACUCUUUGGGCCCCUUGGUACCAAUUGAGCAUCGUUGCAACGCCACAGCCUACCUGAGUAUUGUUGCUGACCAUGUCCAUCCCUUUAUGACCACAAUGUACCCAACUUCUGAUGGCUACUUUCAGCAGGAUAAUGCGCCAUGUCAUAAAGCUGGAAUCAUCUCAGACUGGUUUCUUGAACAUGACAAUGAGUUCACUGUACUCAAAUGGCCUCCACAGUCACCAGAUCUCAAUCCAAUAGAGCAUCUUUGGGAUGUGGUGGAACGGGAGAUUCGCAUCAUGGAUGUGCAGCCGACAAAUCUGCGGCAACUGUGUGAUGCCAUCAUGUCAAUAUGGACCAAGCUCUCUGAGGAAUGCUUCCAGCACCUUGUUGAAUCUAUGCCACGAAGAAUUGAGGCAGUUCUGAAGGCAAAAGGGGGUCCAACCCGUUACUAGCAUGGUGUACCUAAUAAAGUGGCCGGUGAGUGUAAAUGUUCCUGUCUGCGUCCAGUUUUGAUGGCAUGUUAUCUGCCACUGUGUACGAACCUUUAAUUUUGUCGUGUUUUGACUCUCACUGCCAUCUGUUGGUUUUAUUUUGCUCUGUGACGUGUAUUUUUUUCCAAAAUGCCAUUGUAUCAUUGCAGUUGUAUCAGCUCUAUAACACGUACAUCAAUGCAUGUAUAGCAGGUGCGCAUGUUGCUCUGCACAUUGAAACUGUCGGCCAUUCUGCUACUGAACGCAACUCUCAAGGGAGUACAAGAUUCAUGUAAGAUCAAGAAUAUAAACAUGAAACAUUAACUCAGCUUUCUGGAGUUAUAAUCCCACUUUUUUCAUUUUCUUUUUCGUAUUCAGGAAGUUAAACCAGCAAGUGCCACAGUGACAACUGUCUGCAUGCUGGGUGUGGGUUAUUUGUCUAUCUCUAUUUGCUUAACAUUCACUGUCAUCAGCUCAUACAGCUUCCUAAAAAUGGUUGAUUGUAAAAUAAAAGAAAUCAGUCAGGAAUGCAGCCAGAAAGUUUGACUGACUGCAGAGGACAGUGGAUGAGAACCUUUAGAAGAGAUGUAAUGGAAGUUUAGCCAGCAAAGAAAGUUGAUGGUACACUUGAACUCAGUGGUGCAAAACUGACAAGUCAGGAAGCUCAUGUGAGUUUAUAAAGCUGUUUGUCUGAUGGAGCCCUUUUUACAAGUGUACACACCAACAGCAGUCUGCAUUGUUCUCUGUUAAAUCUGCGGUUAGGAGAGCCUCAGUGCUGCUUAGAGAGGCAGCAAUGAUGAAGCUGUGUGUCUGCAGUUUGUGUGCUGGGGUGGGUGCCCUGCAGAUUUCCACAGUUUGACUCUCCCCCUGCUCAGUUAAUGUAUCACUCGUGGCAAGCCAAAGUCGGAGCCAGCUCUGUGUUUCCAGAAAUAAAAUACAUCACCAUCUGGAAGGCAUCGAAGCAGCGAGGGAUCUCUUUCUUUCAGUCUCUAUUUAUUUAUUUCUCUUUUUGUCUUUAUAGUUCCACCAAACCCCCAUCACUUACCUUCAUUAUCUUGUUGUUGAUUUUGUUGUCCAACCUUAAGAAGGGAGGAGUUCCCAAGCAAGUUUUGUGUAUGGCACCUAAUAACUCAUCAGCGUGUUUCCCCUGCUGUAAGCAGUCAGCAGAGCAUCUGCACCAUGUGGCCCUGCCUGCAGCCCCAGGCCAUAGCUUCCCUGUCCUCCUCUGACCUAAGCUGUGCACACUCCUACUGAUCAGCCUUCAAUACCAUGCUUCCCUACUUUCUCCGCUUUCCCUUGUUGGUAUCAGGUGGCUGGCCUGCUAUCGUAGCACGCUUACUGUACGUGCAUGAAACAACAAGGGGGUGGUUUUACAAUCUGGUACUCAGGGUUGCAUUUUGUCAUCAGUGAUAACCAACUUCAUGUGUUCAUGUUAAUAAUAAUAAUGCAUCAGAUUUCAUAUAGCGCUUUAUCAGAGACCCUCAAAGCGCUUUACAUUGGAUACAUCAUUCAUUCGCUCACACAGUCACACUUUGGUGGUGGUGGAAACGUGGCUGCCAUUCUGCGCCUACGGCCUCUCCGACCACCACCACACAACACUCACAAUCAUACACCAGUGGAGGACACACACUGAACACAAGUUCUCAGCUGUAAAAUGAAGCCGAUGAAAUUAAAAAGUGAAAUUUCCAGUGAUUGCAGGUGAAAUAUCAUCACCUGCAUCUCUAUAUGCAUCAGCUAUAUUUGCAUUAGGGCAGGGUGAUAAACCAAAAAUUUACCAAUACCGAAAUUUAUGACAAUAACUGACGUAAUUUUGCCCAUGUCAAUAUAUUCGGUAUCAAAAAAUAAAUAAAUAAAAGUUGGUUUUGGAUGUGUGUAGGUAGGCUAUGGUUUCAUGUUGCUUUUAGGAUGCUGUCCACUGUCUGAGACGUGACUCCACCCCCUCCAAUCUGUAACGAAGAGGGAAAGACAGGUGAGGAGAUGGAGGAUGGUUAAAAAGUUGUAGUGGCUGGAGUGGCAGCUGAAGUAGAUGAAGUUAAUGUGGGAGGGGGUGAGCAGCUUGUGGAGUAGUUAUCGUCCAUUUAUCGUUAUCGAGGUGAACUGCUCAAUAUAUCAUGAUAUUGAUUUGAGGCCAUAUCGCCCAGCCCUAAUUCGCAUGCACAUAUUUCCACUGGGAAUUUCUGCUUUUAUAUUUCGUAUUUUAUUCACACAAGAGCCACAUUGAUCCAUUGACCUAUAUAGAGUAUUAGAUGUCAGUACUGUACAGAAUUUUGUGCCACGGUGCGGCACAUAUUAGGAAACACAAAGUGGAUAUGAUUCAUUAGGGACACGCCUAUAUCAGUGUCACAAUAGUGGGCUUUAAUAGUUAACUGUAAGCUUCCUCCACUUACACGGCUGCCUUCAUUGAUCUUCACUCUUUAUACCGACAGACUUGACCCAGAUGUACCAACAGACCCCUAACCCACUCCCACCCUUGCAGUAAGAGGUACUCUGUUCCUCACUCAGACGUGCAUUUGAGUGUUUGCGGGUGUGUGUGUGUGCAAAAGUGGAGCAAGGAAGAGCACGACCAAUUGACCUGAAUGAAGGAGGAGGGAACAAAGCAUGGACCCUAGGGGGUGAUAAAACGGAGGACCUCUUCCUCCUGCCCCCUCCCAGGUUUAGCUGUCUCCGGGGGAACCCUUAAUGCCAUCUGAAGGAAUUCCUCCAGAUCUGGUAAUAGGAUAAUGGAUAAAAGGACUCUGCCUCAUUAGGCUGAAGGUCAUCGUCCCCACCACUGUUUACUCUCCUCUCUCUGCCUGUUGCUAACUCCAGUUCAAUUAUCAUCCUCUAACUGCCGCUUCACUUGCUUCUAAUUACAUUACAGUCAAGGGGUUUUCUCUGAAGAGUGUCACAUGCGAUAGCUGGGUGUAUUAAAGAGAGGAAAAGCCAUGUUGAUCACAGAGGGGCAUCACAAAGAGAGGUUCAAAGCUGCUCCACACUAAUGCUCAACCAUAUGAUGAUUGGGGCCCCAUGUCAGCAGGGCGUUUUAGAAGUUAACUCUGUAGUCUGCACAGUUGGAUAGUUCAGACUUACCUGCAUUAUGAGAAGGUCUUCUGGCCGACCGUUUAAAGGUGGGGUAGGCAGGAACUCAUUACAGAAGCAUCUUUUUUGUGGUGUUUAUACAAAAGAGCUUUUAAUAUCAGUCAAUAUCUAUUAGUUAUUGAUGACAUUUGGCGAUGUAACGAUAUUGCUGUGUUCUGUUAUGUCUGUGUGGUCAACAUUUAAAAUUUUUAGAGCAGCCCGCUCUUUCUAAAUGUAAACAAAGCCAUUCUCUGCCUCCCCCAACCUGAUUGGUUGUACGGUGGAUGCUGCUCCUUAGUGCUGAUUGGUUGUGAGAUAGAUGCUGCUCUCCCAUUUUGUUCACGAGCCCAAACAAAGUCAGCGUGCUACAAUAUUGGACAGUAUAAACCAACCAGAAAGUAAGGAAAAUUGUCUGAAUCCUCCUUUGGUCACGACCGCCAACACAAGCAAGAAAACAAAGUAAGUACUGCAGACUCUGACAGAACAACUGGCACUUAAAAACGAGGUAGACCAGAUAAGAGCUAAAAAGCCGGUCAACAUCUAUGAGGCAUAAACGCUUUGGGAUCUUACAGACCCUGUAACCUUUCUGCUGGACAGGUAAACAACUUUAACAAAGUAAGCCAAGUGUCUGUAACAGAAGUGUUUCUUGACUAACGGGACCUGCUGUGUGUCGUAGUGCCGCUAAACUGUUUACCUCGAGUCCUGGAGUAUGUCACUUUAUCCUAGUUGUAGAAGUCCUGCAAACAUUGUGUUUGUUGGUAGUCUGUUUUUUUUUACUUUCACGUUGACUGAGCUCCAUUUGUAAUCAUCUUAAGUAUUUAUCUACAUUAUAUCUGGAUUUAAUUGGAACGGUACGAGCGAGCAGGAGCGUCUGUUUAUGGGCGGGGCUUGCUGGAGCAGAGAGGGAGGGGAGAGGAGGAGCUGAGGGGAAAACUGGUUGGGAGGGGUAGUGUUUACAUUCAAGAUUUCUCCCAAAAACUGGCACUUCCUCAGAUCCUGCCUACCCCACCUUUAAGGAAUAAAAUAACUGUUUUUCUGUGACCCUCUGAAAACUGAUCAUACUGUACUCAUCCACACCUGGGGCUGCUCAAAUAAUUUGAUUCUGAUUCAUUAUUAUGGCCUUUCCAUGAUUAGAGAAACAUGAUUGAUGGCUAUUGUCAAUGUUUAAAAUGCAUACUCUGUUUGUAGCAAACUUUUUAAACAUUCUUUUAAUCAAUUCCUGUGUAUUUAUUCACAUAUGGCAGAAACGGACAAUAGAAAAGCUUGAUUUCACUUGACUUAAAUGGUUAAGAUGUUAAGUUAUGCUGAUGACUUAUUACUACUUUCACCAUCAGAACAGGGAUUGUGGGACUUUUUGGACAUCCUCCAUAUCAGCUGUGCAAACAGGCAAAACUAUGUGAAUCUAGAAAAAAACUAAAAUCAUAAUCUUUUGAAAGGAAACAUGGCCGCGAAGCAGUUUAAUUUGGAGACACAAAAUUAAGUCAUGCCAUGGAAUACACAUACCUUGGCCUCAUUAUCACUGUCUCAGGACAUCUUGUUAGGACUGUGAGUGCACUAGCAGAUAAAGCUCUCAGAGCCUUUAACAGUAUAAGAAACACUCUUUUUAACUUAAACCCCCAAUAAGGAUUUGAUUUUCAAAAGUGUCACUGAGCCAAUCCUUUUAUACGGUAGUGAGGUUAGGGGCCCAUUAAUGAAUACAGAGUGCUGAGAUAGAAACUAUCUGACCCAUGGCUGCAGAGCAGAGCCAGCUUCUUCAAAAGAGAACAAUGAAAUUCAGGAACCACCUGAGAGAGUCAGGUCCAGUCUCCCAUCAGUGUAGAGCCUUUUUAGACCAAAUAUACCGCUGAUGUUUCAAUUUAAUGCAAUGAAAACAUUCCCCCAUUCACAGGUUCUGAAAAUAGACAUCAGGGGAAGUUAGAAAUACAGCAGUCCAACAUUUAUCCUAGUGAGGGCAGCGACUUCUCUGUGCUCCCAAACUUUGCCCCAUGUGAUCCGAGCUGCUUGUGAUGAAAUUAAAGUGAGAGCUGUUUAAGAAGGGAGGCUGUGCCCGUGCUCUCCUGUUAAGGAGGAGGGGAUGGAUGCUUCAUUCAAUGAACAGGAAGGCAUGGGGCGACACAGCAGGUAACAUAUUGCUUCUUCAGUGUCAAGAAUCAUUUAAAAGACCAUGGGGGGCCAAAUAGUAAUCAUUAAAAAAACAGAAAAAUUGCCUAUCUCUAAUGAGCGGUAAAAUAUGGUUACAUUCCCUGGAUGGUUUAUAAAGCAAAAGCCUGAUCUAAUUCAUUUGUGUGGUUUGGUGACUGCCCUUAUUUUCACACAGUGCUUUUAUUCUGAAGGUGUAUCCUAGACAGUUAACAAGUGAAUGAAGCAACCUGCAAUGCUCUUCCUUUGACUCCUUGCAAAACAUUUAGACUACUAAAAAAAGUCUCGUACUACAAUUGUGAAGCUGCUCUACCAGCAGCACUGGACAAACCUUAAAGCACAAACAUUCGAGGCAUAAGAGCUGGAUGAGAGUAAGGCCAUGAGCUAGAUGUGCAACAUGGAAGUAAAUAUACUGCAACUGCGGCAAAUCUACAGUGUCAAAUGAUCUCCAAAAACAUAAUCACGCAAAAAAUGUAAGUUACCGUCCAGCUCUCUGUCUGUCCAAAAAAAAAAAACCAGACUAUCACAACUUCCAGUCUUUUAGUUUCUCCUCCUUGUUUCUUCUUAUUUGCCAAAGAUUCAACCAAAACACAUUGACUGAGGAUUUUCCUCAAGUGCUUAACACAGUUUCUGCUCUCUGUGUACGAUGAAGAAGAAGAAGUUCACUUCCAUGGUGAGAUGCAUGCUGCCUGUUGGUGAGAGAGGAAAGAGGGAUGACAGGAAACACUCUGUCUUUGAAUGGAGGUGUGUUUCAUGUGAAGUGUGUGCUGUAAUGCAGCAGCCUGCUGAGAGCUGCAGGUUUGGAAAGUGGGCCCUCAUCUUUUCUAAAACUGGUUCCUGUCAAACUGCUCCUGUGUGGUCUGAGGAGAAAAGCGGCCUGUGUUGGCACAUGCGGUAGGUCAUUUCAGAUCCUCCACUCUGUGUCGGGCUCUUCCUCUCUGCUCUGCACUAUUGUCCCCUCAGAGGGAGAAAAAAGGGGCCCGGGCUUUGUCUACCAGCCGGGGGAGAGAUGGAGACUUCCCCCUCUAAGCUCCCUCGGGGCUCCUGGCUUUGCUGCAGGAGGACUCUGCAGAGCUUCAAGGCAGAUUAUGAGCCUGUUUAGAAAGAGGGAAGGAAUUUGGCCGGCUGAGGAAAGCUUGAAUCACUGCUGGAGGGGGGGGACUCUCUGAACCUGCCAUGCUGUGCCAUUCAGCAUGGAUGUUAAUGAGUACAAAAUGUGUGUAUGUUUGUGUGUGCAUGAGUGUGCAUGCAUUUCUGCUCUCAUGCACACACAGACGAAGUACUGUAAAUACACUUUCAUUUGUAGCUUUAGGGUGGAGUAGCUCUGCUUCUUGUUGCUGCAGGAAUAUGCCAAUGCCUCUCUGAUUCAUGGAUUAGUAAGCAGUAGAAAGCAUUAACAGGAUUUUGACUUAAAAAUGUACAGCGUGUUUUUUUUUAUUAUUUAAUGGAUAGUGCACUACAAAUAAAAUGUAUUAUUAGUGUUGGAUAAAUGGCUGAAGAUCGAUGGAUUGAGGGAAGUGCCAGAGUCCGGUCGCGGGGAUAGCAGCCUAAGCAAGGAAGCCCAGACUUCCCUCUCCCUAGCCACUACGGCCAGCUCUUCCCGGGGAAUCCUGAGGUGUUCCCAGGCCAGCUUAGAGACAUAGCCUCUCCAGUGUGCCCUAGGUCUUCCCUUAGGACAUGCCCUGAACACCUCACCAGUGAGGCGUCCUGAUCAGAUGCCCAAAGCCAACUCAUCUGACUCCUCUCAACAUGGAGGAGCAGCAGCUCUACUCUGAGCCCUUCCAGAAUGACUGAACUUCUCACCUUAUCUCUAAGGGAGAGUGCAGGGAACUCAUUUUGGCUGCUUGUACCAGCGAUCUUGUUCUUUUAUUCGGUACCCACAGCUUGUGACCAUAGGUGAGGGUAGGAAUGUAGGUCAACCGGUAUAUCGAGAGCUUUACCUUUUGGCUCAGCUCCCUCUUAAACACAACAGAUCUGUGAGCAUCUGCAUCACUGCUGAUGCUGCACAAAUCCGUCCUUCGAUCUUCGUUUCUUCUUAACGGCUAAAACCCACAGGAUCCAGUACGGCUGCGCUUCGAUCCAGCAUGGCAGGCGGAUCAAAUAUGCAAGAACUAUAAUCAAUGUGAGUGAUGCCGUACAAUCCUUCCAGCGCCCUCUCCUUAGAUACGCAAGGCUUCUAUUUUUGCAGAGGCCACAGCAGCAGAAGUUGCAUGUGGCUACAGAGUAAAAUAUCCGGUUAAUUUUCAAAAUAAAAUAAAUCCAAUACGUUUAACUGUUCUUAACUUGAUAAUAGGAGAGGCCAGGGUUGUGGGCGUUAAUGUACACCGCCAUUUAUAAACACCGAUCGGCGGAUCUCAUUCAAUGUCUCACAGGGAAAUACACAAGAUCUUGUCCAGUCUCACAAGAAAUCGAGACUCGGUAAUCUCGCAAGCGCUUCCCCUCCAAUGGCAGAGGCGGAUCAGAUCCGGUGGGUGCUGUGUGCUUGCCUAUUUGAUCCGCCUGCCGGUCUAGAGCAGAGCGGAGCCGUUCCGGAUCCAGUGGGAUUCCCGGGUAGCUUGUGAACAAGACCCUGUGAUACCUCAACUCCUUCUCUUGGAGAGGAGCUGGGCGUUGACCUGCUUCUUUUUCAGGCUUUGAGGAAGAAGGUCCUGGCUUAUUGCCCUCAUCCUCAUCACUGUGAAUACAAACGUGGAAAAAAAGAAAAACAAGGAAACAUUUUUACUCAAUGACACACAAAAAAACAAUAAAACGAAGUAAAAAAAAAAAUCAAUUAAUCAAUCUAACUUUAUUUAUAAAGCACUUUGCAUACAAAAGAUGUGACACAAAGUGCUUUACAGUUCAUUGAAAACAAUCCCACAUGCCCUUUCACCCAGCCACCCAAACCCCACAACUGCCUUGCCCCACAAAACUAUACAACCCACCCAUCCACACUCACACCCACACCCCCCCACACACAGGCUGAGCAGAGAUGGACCACCUGAGAUAAACAAACAUGCACAGUGCUGUAGCAGUCCAAACACACACAUAAGCAUGCCUAUACGCAAUAUAUACACAUAUAUAAGUCGCUACUUUUAUUUUACUGGCAGCAAUAAAUCUUUCAUUUCAUCAUUUUUAAGACAUUCCGUACUUUUCUGAGGAUGGGGGGCGGUAAUCCGACUCAUCACUGUCUGUGCUCUCAGCAUCCUCCUCCGGUAGUCUGAACACUUCCUAGGUAGUUAAUAGUUUCUUCAACCCCUGCUUGGCAACAUUUCUCUCACAGUUUACCAAAAAGUGGAGGAAAAUUAAGCAAAUUAUCAAAACACAACCGUGAAAAAGAAGUGUAGUGCGUAGUGUAAUGCUCCGUUCGCGCCAGUGUGUCGUUGUAAUAUUCUUGGCGCGGACUCAUAUCUGCGCCAUGGAUUGCUCGAUUUGAGUGAUUGACACCUGUAUGGAAUCAUUAGAGCCAAUAGAAUGAAGCUAAACUCAGUAAAAUAAGAUUGAUAGUACUAUCCGCCAAAUCAGAAUCAGCAGAACGCCGGUAGGCUGAAGCCCACAUACGAAAACUUUAAGGCUUCCUCGGGGUCCUAAAGUCCUCCAUUGAAGGACGGAAAGUUUAGAGUGUAACACAGGACAUAGCUCCUACCGAAAGCAGUGUGGAUUUAUUGGAGAAAUAAACUUUUGACGGCGAAACAGCAAAGGUUCGAGAAUUUGUACAGUAGUUAGGAAAACUAUCUGUGUUUUUGUAACUUUUUGGCCUAUAUCUCUGUGAUACUUUGGUGUAGAGCGCAUUAUAUCAGUGGACUGUGGAGUUUCAGCUUUCAUCUGAGAUGUUGAUCUUUUGUUCCGCAUGCAGCGGUGUAAAAAAGCUUUAUAUGGUCUUGUAGUAAAGGUUCUGCUGAUUAAUUUGAUGUUCAACAUCACUGUAAAAAUACUGAGAAUAUAUUAGAAUACAAAGGAAGAGAAGUAUAAUACAGUAGAUUUUCUAUAUGUGUACAUAUAUGUAUGUAUGUAUGUAUGUAUGUAUGUAUAUAUAGAUAGAUAGAUAGAUAGAUAAUGUGUGUACACCUUAAUGAAUUAGAAUACCAGCAGAAAUUUAAAUAAUUCUGUUAAAAUAUUGAAAUUCACAUUACUUUAAUUCAUUACACUUAGACUUACGUAUUUUAAGUGUUUAUUUCUUUUCAUUUUGUGAAACACAAGUAUCAGUUCUGCAGAUAGUGUUAUUAUUUAUGUAUUUAAGUGGAUUACCUGCAGUAAAUACUGUUGGCUGUUGCCAUGGAAAUACAGGGCAGUGUGUAGGCCUGGACGGUAUAGAAAAAAAGCAUAUCAAUAAAAAAUAAAUCAUAUUGAUCGAUAUCGAUAAUUAUCGAUAUAAUUAUUAUAAUUAUUUAACAUGUAUUUUAAUUGCAGCCCUGGAUGUUUUAUGCUAUUGCUUAAUGACCUACUUUUAAUGAAGAACACACAAGCACUGAAUUCAAAUUCAAACCUUUAUUCAACCACCUUUUUUUUUUGUUUUACCACAACUGAAAGUUUUUUAAAAAAGAACUUAAAAAAAAAAAGAGAUCAACUUAAGCGGCCUAAGUGACGUCAGUAAAUACUGACAAACAUAAAGACUAAAGGGACCAGAAAAUCUGAUAAAUAAAUAUUUAAAUAGUCUUUUGAUGAAAAUACUCAAAACAAACAAAUAUAUAAAUAAACAGAAUAGCUUUAGGUGGGAAUAGCAUACUACCAAUUUUAACUGUGUGGGAAACUGCCCACAGCCUGUUGUCUGAACACUGAAAUAUUUCUCCCGGGGUCGGGAGAUUUAUUUUUUUUUAAUUAUCAUGUGAUAGACUUAAUACGCAAACUGAGCACGAGAAGCAGGACUUAUCCACGCCGGUGUUGUGUCGUAGAUUGCACCCCUGCCGAAUGCACCCCCUGCUAGUAGCCAUGAUCCAAAUACUCGCGUCUUUCUAAAAUAUGAGCUCAUUUUCUUCCACUUUAAGAAGCUAAUGAGUGGACGGGAUGCACCCUUCUCACCUUUUCAACCCCUGACCCAUUUUCAUGCCUGAAGCGCUGUGUUUGAGAAAUACUUGCGGCCGAGCACUUCAUAUCGCGGGUCGAGAGUGGCUAGAAGCUGGUCGAAGCCAGGCUUUUCAACGGUAGUUAUUGGCAGUAUGUCCCUCGCUAUGGAGCAUGUUACUGCAUGGGUGAUGUCCUUAUGCCGCUUGGACGCUUUGUCGUAUUUUUGUUAAGAAACGAAGUCCAGUUUGGUCUGCUUCACUUGCUUUGUGCUGGUGCUAGCAGCGGUUCCAGAGGAUUCCUCCUCCGACGACGUGGAGCCGCGGCGCGGCCGACACAGCUCGUACUCCUGCGGCUGCGACCGGUUUAGAUGGUAAAACAAGUUGGUUGUGUUUCCAGACUUGGUUUUUACUAAUUCUCGGCAAAUUUUGCAAACGACCGCUGUUCGCUUUUUGUCGGACUUCUAAAAACCAAAACAUUGCCAUGCUGGAGAACUACUGAGACCUUUUUUCGGGACAAUGUCCUCCGCUUCUCCUUGCUGUAACAUUUUCUCUAAUACAAGUGCUGUCUGUUGUGGUUUGAUAGGGGCUGGGCUUGGUGCCGUAGCGUACCUGGGUCUGCGUUUGUGAUUGGUUUGGAGGAAGUAAUGACUGUAGUAAAAGCUACAUGAUAGGCUAUGAUGAAAAAGAAAGGGAAACUGUGUUUUUCUAUCGAACAUUUUAUCGACCCGUUUUUUUUCUAUCGCACCACACGUCUAUCGAUCGAUAUAUAUUGUUAUCGAAUUAUCGUCCAGCACUAGCAGUGUGUGUCCUCUAUGGCUUUGUGAUGUAUAACGGACAAACAGCAUUUUAAAAUAAGAUAAGGUAAACUUUUGUUCAUCCCACGGUGGGGAAGUUUGCAGUGUUACAGCAGCAAGGGAUCAGCACAGCAAACAUAGAAGAAUAAGUACAUUCAUCAUUCACACAGUGCAAAGAUAAUAAUAAAAAAGUUAACUUAGAUCUAUAUGUGUCAUACAAAAAGAGAAAAAAAUGUAAGCAACAAAACUAAAACAGCUCUACACAGUGAACACAUUUUUUGACUUGAUUUUAUUCCACCAUCCUUUUGUCUACUGUCCUGCACCACAUAGUAAAGUAGAAGUUGUCAUCAGCUGUUCCCCAUUCAGCAGAUAGUGGAGUAUCCCAAUUUCUGAAAUCAGGAUAUUGUUUUUACAUGUACAGUUACAAAAACAGGAUACCUAAAAACCCGGUCAUGUUAUUAACACAAUGAUCCACAUAACUGUGCUGCAUUAAUAAACUCUGACAGGAGGAGGAGGUGUUGAUCAUGAUUAUGUCAGGGUAUUUGAUACAAUACAGAACACAUGGCAUGGAUUAUCACCUCCAAUAUAACGUGAAACAAAAUAAAAAAUCCUUGAUAUAACUGUGAAGUUUUUUCCAACUGUCCCCGUCUCUUCGCAGGAUUACCAUCGCUGUGGCUGCAUGAUAGUUCCAACACAUAUAGAAGAUACAAUGCUCCAUAAUUGAAUUAAAUUAAAUCCACAUCUUCCUUGUGCUCUAUAAUUUUGUUGUACUUAAAUCUGAGCUUGUAUUGAUGUCAUAAAAGUGGGAGCUGUUUUAAGGUAAGAGGUAGAGCAAAUGCAGGUGGCACAGUGAUCGAUGUUUAAAAUCAGAGCACAGCACAGAGAGUCUGAGAGCUGGCUUAUGACAGGGGCAGGGGGGAGGAAUAUUCUGCCGACUUGACUCCAAAAGCAGCAGAACAUCUGUAUCACUGAGUGUGUGUGAGAUGUGUCUGUGAUGUUUGGGUGGCUCUUCUCAUCUCUUUUGGGAAACCGUUUUGGAUUUUUGGUUACAUUAACCAUCCCUGCCGUCAGAACUCUAAUCUUUCUCUCUAAUCAUCUCUGUCUAGACCUGCUCUCUUUUCUUUUCUCCCUGUAAUCUGCUCCUGAUAUCCCAGCUGCAGUAAACUAUACUUCUCUAUGAGUCAUUGUGGCUUUUCCUUUGUUAGAUUGGGAGGGGAAAAGGAGGAGGAGCAGUAGCAGGGUGUCAAGAAAAAGACAGAGAGAGAGAGAGGGAAUGUGAGUGAGCCUUGCACAGCCCGAUGCACCAGCCGAGUUGUCGUCGCUAUCUGUGAUAUGGCAGUGAGAGACAUGUCGUGAAUAUCAAAUUCAGUCUGAGCCAAGAAGGGAGGGCAGGCAGAGCUCAAAGUUUCUCUUGUUGUCUGGUCAGACGUGGCCCCCUGGUCAGAGAGAAAACACACACAAAGACUAUCCUCCAGCAUCACACCAACUGGACUCAAUGUCGUUCUUCUCAUGCAUGUUAUAAAAUCUGCUGCGUUGCUGUCUGCAGUUUUCAAAAUUAUGUCUUGUACCUCAUUCUUGUACCUGCAACCCUCCUUCCAUCCCUUCCUCCUCCUCCUUCUCUUUGGUGCUCCAUAUUAGACCUGUUAAUCCCUCUGAUAUGAAUCUCCUGAGGAGAGGAUCUGCAUUCAUCCAGGCUGCUUAUAAUGAAGACACACAUUAUUACACUCAUUUCUUCCAUAAUUAAUAGUGAGGACUUUUACAUAAUGAGUUACAUAAGAGAGUCUUCUUCAUUUGCCUAUUGGCAUAAAAUGGAAAACUUUGCACUAAUUCUCGCAUAUUUCUACAUAAAUGAAUGAAAGCAGUUUAGAAAUGUGGAUUUCUUCCAGUGUGUUGCAUCAGCCAGCAGCUGGCAAACAGGCUGUAGAAGCUGCAGUGUAAUAUGUGCAGUCAAAUUAGGGUUGUCCUGAUACGAUACCGAUAUUGUAGCCUUCAAUAUUGACCGACACUGAUAUUGAUCCGAUGUUAGCACAAAAUUGUGCAUGACAAGUUUGUCACUCUGCUGCAGUAUCUUUUUCUGACUUAAACGAAAAAUACUGCCACAAGGCCAACAUCACUCUUACUACUUGCUACUUAGUUAGUACCUUAGUGCACACUGUUGUUGUGAUUUUGUGGGCUCAGCUUGCUGGAUCAGGGCGCUACUCGAUAGAGGGACUGGAGCGGAGUUUGAAAUUGACUGCUUGUAUUGGAGUGCUGAUAUCGGAGAUUUUAGAUGCAGGCUGAUAUAAUCCAGUAUUUUUUUUUUUUUCCUGAUAUCAGACAGAUAUCUUAUAUAUAUGUUAGUGUUCCUCUAGAAGUGGGGUCCCUGAAAAUGAAAAUUCCGGCUUGAGAUAUGAGAUUGAUUUAAAAUUGACUUAAGAUUAAUCUAACUACUAAUUUCUGAAUUAAACUCAUUUUCUUUUAUUUUCCCACUAUUAAAAAUGAGUUGUGCCCCAUAUGCACAAGUGCAUACAUAUCAUAUUUUAAGAUUUUUAUCAAAUAUUAAUCUUGAAACAUGUAUUAUAAAGUCAAAUCCCCAUGCACUAAAAGGAAAGGUGAUAUAACAGAGUGGUAAACAUGCACCUAUCCCAGCCUUUUUGGCAGUAAAGAGGGGGUAUUAUGCACAUUUUUAGCCUUUUUUUAGACUUUCUGAUACUUUCUUGUCUUUGCAGUGCAUUCAAUUGAACAUGUCGUUGUCAAAAAGGAUUUGCAGAUCAUUGUAUUCUGUUUUUAUUCACAUUUUCGGAACCUCCUUGAAUUAGAGUUUGUGUAAAGGUGAGGAAGCCUGAGUUGGAUGGCAGCAAACAGCCACUGCUGCAGGCCCAAGCGUGUGUUGAAGUGUGUGUGUGUGUGUGUUUGAAUGAGAUUAUCUCUGCACGUGUGUGAAUAGCUGAGAGUUUUUCCCUCUGCUGGUCACAGUCUCUGCCCCUCUCUCUCUUUUUCUCUGCUGUACUCCGCCUCCUUCUCCUCCUCCCUCUCUGCCUCUUCUCCUCCCUCUUUUUGAACUCCUCUUUCCUUCCCCUACUUUUCUGGUCCUCCCAAUUCUUUCCUUUUUUUUCCUCGACAUGUCGUUCUAGUUUCGAGGGUUUUCACUUUCUGUCCCUGAAUCCCAUCAGUGUUUCUUUUCAUCUCUCUCCCCCCACCCUUUCAGGUUGUCCUGCUCUGCUCUCAAAAGGAGAGCUGCAGCAAAAAGAGAGCGAGAGAAAGAGAGAGAGAGAGAGAGAGAGAGAGAGAGAGAGAGAGAGCGUUUACAACCAGAGCUGCUUUGGACUUUACCCCUCACUCUUCCCACCUUUCAGUCUUUAAAUCCCUCUCCAUCCUGCACACCCUCUUCCUCCUUAGCUAUCUUGCACUCGCAUGUCUGACAGCCAAGAUGCUAGCAAUCGUUAAAGGUUGAGCAGAGAGGGUACAAGUUAAAUUGACAUGUCCUUUUGAGGGACUUGCUGAAUUUAGUCCUUGGAUAUUUAGUCCUAAAUUGUGCAUGUAGACUAUAAAAACUCUUGUAACUUCACCUGUUUGCAUGUCUUUAUUGUCAUGCUUAUUUAACUAACAGAUAACAAAGCAGAUGGAGACUUAAAGCCAUGGUUUACCAUCUGAAAACCAGUUUGGCGGUUGAGACAGAUUUGAAAAACGCAGCCGGCCCCCCCGUCACUCACCCCUCCCCUCCGUGUUCCAAGAUCCCGCCCGCCCAGUUUGUGUCGCCUACUAACAACACGCCCCCUCCAAUAGAGCAAGAAGCCGGCCGGCAGAAAAUAUCAGCAGCAAAGCUAGCUUUGAAAACAACUCAGGAUAUCUGGGUCGGAUUCACGGUUCACAGUGCGAUCAAGACCAUAUACUAGCGGGCUGGAGUGGGUCUGCUGCUAGCCGGUCAGAGCAGAGCCGAUUGUGGGAGAGGCUUUACCUUUCUCGACGUGUCUUCACCAGCUCAGUUUACAAUGCUAAAGAUGCGUGGCUAACUUAUGCUAAGAUCUAUUGACGGACCUGUUCCGACCAACAACGUUCAGUCAUUAGUAGCCAGUAUAGGCACAGACUAACCAGAGUUAUUCAGCAGACAUCUCCCACUGUAGUCAACAAAGUAAUUACCUGUUCAACAGAAAUUCGGCUGUCUCAGCGUCAGUAUUCAGUCCCAAAUCCUUCUGCAGCUUUUUCCACCGGUCGUAUGUUUCUCCAAUGUCGACUCUCAUAUUUCUUCCUUACUUCAGCCUCAUCCUCGAAACUUUUAUGUUUCCUUCCCUUCGAAGUGGAGGGUAACAGGGUAACUCCUGGUUUCGGUGUUUGUCUUCUGCGGCUCCAUUACGCUUCAUUAGCUGUGCAGCUAGCUAAUCACAUGUACAUAAGGGGGGUAGUGGGGAGGAGGCGGGACCAUGGGCGGGACUGUGUGGAGCAGGGGAGACAGGGGAUUGGAUGGACUCACGGACCACUGUUCGGAUUGGUUGAUUAUUAUGCCUUUUUGCAGCGGAUAUACUGAAUGGAUUUUGUUCAUUUUUUUUUAUCUUUACAUCUUUAGAUCGGACCAUAGGACCAUAACGGCCUUAUAAACAGUGUUAUUAAUAAGUACCAAGCUUCCAAAUGGUAGACCAUAACUUUAAAAGGUAAAUAAGGUACGACAUGAGACCACUGCAAGUCUUACACCUUUACCACUAGAGAUGCAUUGAUCCAUUUUUUCCUGAUCCAAUCUGAUACUGAAAACCUGGGCUGAGCGUAUUGGCCGAUAUCGAUACCCAUCCAAUACUACUGUUGAAUGAAUGACCUGUAUACCUGCCCUGUGAGUGAAGGCAUCAGGCUUGACAUUUGCCUUGUUUAUAAAAAGGUAACAAAUUAACAAAGACAUAAAUUUACUUAAUAUCAAAUAUCAAAUUGCUCAUUAGCACACAGCAAAAGAAGUAAGACUUCCAUGUAAACAUUUAGUGCAAAAGGAUAGACAGACAUAGAAUAUGAGUGCUCUGUUGUUGCAUAUGAGAGCACUUGAGAGGAUUUUGAGAUGAAAAAGGUUAAACUUUUUCAGUACGGGGUUUUGGAGCAGGAUCCUUGUCCAGCUCUGCAGCUGAGGUUAUUGAUGUGAGCUGCACACUUUGCUCUGCUACCAGCCUGCCUCCUUCGUUUAACAGCAGUGUUAUUCAUGCAGGUCAUGUCUACCUCUCUCCUCACACAAGCACACACACACACACGCACGCACGCACUCUCUGUCUCUGCGGUGUGAUGAAUGUGACUGGAGCAGCUUGACGCAGUGAGAUGGUUUUACUCUUAGGGAGUUUGUUGACAGCCUCCUUCCAGUGUGCAGCUGUGUGUGAGCUGACCCCACUCAGGUGCACACUCACACAGAUUGGUAGUCGUGGUAACAGUGAAUCAGCUGUCCACCAGAUUAGACUGUCUUCAAGCUUUCAGCCAGACAACAGACGAGUCGGCCUGUGACGUCCAGCAGAAGUUGUUUUUCUCUUUCCGAUCAGAUGUCUCCUCUUUGUCGUUGGAAGUCACAGAUUUGAGAAUCUUGAUGCUUAAGAGUGAACAUUUCCAUGAUCAGCUCUAUCAUUUAUAGCCAUAAGAACAGACCUGUCCUCCUCUUCUUGUUCUCUCACUUUCUGAGUCAUUUCUAUCACAUCCACAGUGAUAUCACGUAUCACAACGUUCAUCCUGCAUUUGAUUUAUCAGUCAUAGUUUGCUACCUCAAUCUGGACUCUGUUCGUACAGUUAGGCAGACUUACAGGAGUCCAAAUGAGAACAAACAUAAGUGAGACAGACCUCCACAUUCACAGCUUCAGCCAGCCAGCGCCUCCCUUUAGCCAGCCUCUGAUUUACUGUCCAUUUUUAUGAAGAUUGAUCUCUUGGUCUGGCAUGAAGCCCCCUCCCAGUGACCAAUCUGGUCAGACCGGUCCUGUCUGCUGGCUCUGUUGGUGUCAUCUGUCUCCUCAGCCAGAGAGACAACCAGGGAGAGUUGGCAUGGAGGUUUAUCUGGGCUUGUUGCCCUGCCAGCUCAGCUUGAGUGAUAGGAACAUGUUGGCUACAAAGUGGUCAUUAAGGGAAAAUGGGGAGCUGAUUCUAUUUCCUGUCAUGAAACUGGAGCAGGGGGACAAUAGAUAGGAGGCGGUUCACCUCUCUCCAGUGGUAACAGGCUGCAGUGUGUGGACACAGGUGGCCCGAUCUGGAUGAAAUUUGUGAAAGCUAUCAUUUCAUUAUUUGGUUUUUGCAGAGUAGCAACACCCAGGUAAUGACUGGUCAUAAUAUCCUUAGCAACAAUUUAAAGCUCAUUCAGUGGACAUGCUUUGAUCUACUGCUUUGGCACAGAGUGUCAUUUCCAAACUCUGUGUGCCUGCAGGUCAGAGAAUAUCUAAGAAUAUGGCCCAGCUUUAAAAAAAUACCACGCAUACCAGAGUAUGAAAUCCCUGUUUGUUCGGGGGUAAAAAAGUAGGGCCGAUUAAAUCGUCAAAUUUUAGCCCGUUUGAGACUAAUCAGUAAUAGGCCAAAAGUCGCUGAUUUUCACCAAUAUUUUCAGAAAUAAGAUUCGGUUUCACUUCGAAAAAUGUUCCGCCAUUUGAAAAGUUCCCUGACUUAUCCUGUAGAUGGCGCAACGACCUCAUGACAAUCUUCAUCCACUAACUACCUCACAGCACAGCAGAGUGACGGAUCUGAAGCAGGCAGCUCAGGGACGCACGGAGGAGAGUGGUCCGCCUCAGCGGUAAAUAAACCAGUUUGUGAAAUACACAAUAAGUCAACAAGUUUCAGUUCAACCCACUUCACGAUGUUCCUGAGUUAACGGUGAAGCUACAUGUAAUAUGCAAGCUAAAGUUAGAGUUAGCCAUCUGCUAUUAGCCUUGUUACACUGUUAGCCGUGCUAGUAACGGUAGAGUAAACAACAGUACACAUUAUGUGAUCGAGCUACGUCUCUUACUGAGGCAGCUGCAUGUCUCCAGAUGAGACCGGACCGGAAGUGAGUAACGUGAGUUAAGACGCGGAGACACCGAUCGGCGCGCAGGGGGGGGUAGUUGAAAACGCUUUUCUGGUCCGAGUUUGAUCAGUUGGUCUUCCUGUCAGCAUGAAGAGCAGUAGCCUACAGCAUAUCCACAGAAUAUAGUAUACUGUAGAUAUCGACAGUAUAUAUAUUUUAUAACUUCAUAAAAAAAUUUAAAAUUGGUCAGAUUAAUUUGUAAUCAGAUUUUUUUCCCCCCCUAACAAUCGGUAUCAGCAUCUGCCCCAAAAAAUCUAUAUCGGUCGGGCACUAGUAAAAAGGCUGGAUGUCAUUUUUCCAUAGUCCUGGUCUUGUUGCUCAGGAAUGCUGUGACCUGGUGUGACCACGGCCGUCCUGGCUGUGCAGCAGAGGGGACAACACAGCUACUCUCCACAUUAACAAAGCCCAGACACAGAGAGGGGAGGUUCACAUACUUUCAGGCCAAAUCACCCUCUGAGCUUCUGUCACUUCCCCAGCAGGAAGUUAUCUCUCUGUUUACACUUAUAUUAAUGUAGAAAACUCUCACUAUAGUGUACUUCUCUGCUGCUGUAUCCUCCAUGUUGGAAACUUUACACUCUGUAACAGGCUGACUCAGAAAUUAUUUAGGAGUGCAUGUCUGAAAGAGACUGAUACGUCUGUGUUAUUAUUGUAGGGCUUGGGGGACAAACCGAAAAUUUACCAAUACCGAAAUUUACAAUAACCGAUGUCAUUUUGCCCAUGUCAUUAUAUUUGGAAUCAGAAAAAAAUAUAGAUAAAAGUUGGUUUUGGAUGUGUGCGGCUGAAGUAGAUAAAGUUAAUGUGGGAGGGGGUGAGUUGCUUGUGGAGUAGUUAUCGCCCAUUUGUAGUUAUCGAGGUGAACUACUUAAAAUAUCAUGAUAUUGAUUUGAGGCCAUAUCGCCCAGCCCUAAUUCAUUGAACAAAAAUGCAAUCUCUUGAAAUACAGUCCUUUUUAAAAUGUUAAUAAAUAUGAAAGUCUUCAUUCCCGUCAGCAUUCUUGUGCCACUUUCUCUGCUCCUGGUCUCUCCCUAUCCUCUUCCUGUCUGUCCCCUCUUUGGUUUUCUGCCAGACUCCUCAAUCUCGGUGAUCUCAGCAAGACUCUGCUAGUGCGUGUGUUUGAAUUUGUUUAAAUUUCACAAGAUUACCUAUCCUUCAUUGUAUCACCUCUCUAAACUGUUUGUAGUUUUUUUUUUCUUUUUCUGUGGCUGUGAUUUUGGACCAGGCUCUCAAUGAAACAGUAAGCAGACAUGUGUGGCGUCGCCUCUGUAGACAUUAGGAGCUCUGACACAUCUCUCCCUGGGCUUUUUUAAUUAAUACCAGGAAUAGUUUUAUUAACUUCUUCCUCUGCUCCUCCCUGUGGCAGCUAUCUGUCUGAUUAAAGACCAGAGCUGUCUGCCUUUGCAAAGAGCCAGAGAGUGAAAGGGAGAGAAAUGAGCUCAAUGCACUGUGCUCACAUGAGGAAAACACUGUCAUUAAUGUUACAUCUCUCUCUUACUCUUUAUAUAAAUAUAAACUGGGCACUGAGGAGAUGAGCAGUAUCAUGUAAUCAGGCUUUUUUAUCACUCGUUCAGUCAGUCAAACUUAAUUUAUGCUGGGCUUUGUAAACCCUGAUGGCUCUGACCAGACCCACUCACAGAGAGGAGCUUCAUGCUACACAAACAGAGGGAUAUUGACUUGAUUUGAUGCUUGACACAGUGACUGACAUGCUGUAUGUCUGUCUGCAGCUGCUGAGUCAUGAUGGAGCUGCCCUGCAGUGUAACAUGAAGAGAGAAGAAGAGAGGGGACGAGGUGGAGGUUAAGGGAGGAGCUUGGCCGAGCACACCACAGAGCUCCUCCCCUCAGAGAUAAAGCCCUGUGUUGCACCAUAGGCUGUAUAUUGUACUGGGUUUCCUCCAGAAUCUUUUGAAACUGUGGAGGAGGGCUUUGCGGUAUCUUCUCUUGCAGGAACGAGCUUGAUUAAACAUCUGUGAGAAACUCAGCGUAAACCCAUGAGGUUCAUUAUGUGUGUCAUGCAUGUAAUGUGUAGUGAUCUUAGAAAUAAUGACUGCAGUGUAGCAUUAUGCUUUCUUCAUGUAUGCUGCUGCAUUGUCUGUAUCAAAUACAAUCAUAUUCUCAUUGGCUAUGCAGUCUCCUUAUAGAUACUCGACCACAGAGACAGCAGAGUGGUUGCAUACUUUUAGGAAGACCGUGUCUGAUAGAUUGGUCAGGAUCCUUCCAGAUUCCUCUUUGUUCAGUUCACAUCUCCCCUUGACAUCUGGCGUACCAUCAAGUACAGCAACAGCCUUUUGGGAAAGAUGUGUUUUGAGUGCCUCCUUUUAUUUUGUGUGAACUGUUCCUAGGUAUUUUUCUUGAACAGAUGGAAUCCAGGAAUGGCUCCCCCAUUUAUUACCUUGUCUAUGAAACAUCUCAGCAAAGGAAGGUCACUCUUAGUGAGGGGAAUAUUGACUUCAGUACAAGUAGCAACCCAAUCUUCACAAAUCUAUGGACAAACAGAAAUAUUUAAUUCCGCAAAGUUUCCUAACCAGCUGAAGCUCACACAUUGUUUUUUUACAUUUACAUGUUGUAUCCUUUGCAUCUCAUCAUCUCUCUUUCUCUCUCUCCCACAGACACAGACACACACUGUCAUCCUUCGUUACAUUCAAUGUAUAGGGUGUACCAAAAUCUGAAAAAGGGGCAUCAACAUUUGCCGCCGUCAUUUUGGCAGGAAGGAACUAUCAGCGUCAAUAGAGAGACAUGUAAACAGUGACUCUUUCGUGUUCGAUUUUGCUCUAAGUUAUCAACUAACAAUGGUGGAUAUUGGCUGCGUUCACAAGUGCUAUAACAGGAGAGCAUGUCGAGGGAAAGUUUUGGAAAAAGUAUGUUUUUCUUUUUGCUUUCCAACAUGGAAGAGAAAACAAUAAUUUGUAAUGAUUUGUUCCGGCGUGCGUGUGUGUGUGAGAGAGAGAAAGGAAGACUUGUUUGUGUGUGAUCACCUACCAUUGUGCAAACGACAGUUUUGUUGUUGACACUGUGCAUCUGCAGUUUGUGUACCCAAACAAAUGUGAAAAAUACAUGGGCCAAGAGAGACUUUUCAUGAUGGAAGGAAUUAAAUGUAUAAUAGCUUGUUCCUUUGAUGAGUCACUGCAUCAAAUGCACUCAGAUAAGUGGUGCUAGCAUCUCGAAAUCAUCUUCUGACCAUACAUUGUGUUUAUAUGGGUCAAGUCCAGCAAUGUUUGCAAUUUUGCUUAGGUAACUGUCUUUCUUCAUUGUUCAGCUUGUCCCUGUGCGGUAUGUACAAGUAUUGCUCUCUCCAUUCCGUUCUCCAUUUACUGUGUAGUCAGCUAAUAAAUAGUUGUUUUUUAAAACCGAACGUCAUCCUAAGUUCAUUCAUUCCAAUGCGCAAAGUGUUAUGUCUGUUAAAAUGGCCGCGCUGGCACGUCACGCACCACGCUCCCCGUGCUGACGUCGGCGCUGCUACACCUUAUAAGUCAUCAAGAAUACAUUUAUAACACGUUCAGUCACUCUUUUCUUAACACUCUCCCCUUCAUGCUUGUGUUUACAUGCACACACACGUACACCGAUUCAGAUACAAAACAACAACCAUGCCUCAAACACUCAAUUUUACGUUCAUUCUUAAUCAGCUUGUUUCUUUUGGAAGUUGCAACACUUAGAUGUAGCUGUGACGACUUCUGACAUGGGAACCUGUCGUAACUGUAGUCUCUGUGUUUUCUCUGUUUGGCUGUAGAUAAGCACCUGUCAAGCGAGGACCUAAGUUUUUGUUCCACAACAAUAUUGCAUGUGUUGCAAAAAAGUUUACUCCCGCUUUACAGUACAACAUUUAGAGACUGACUUGCAUUAACUUUCGCUGUAUUUCUUGUUGGUAAAUGUGGACAUUUUGUGUUGCACGUCUUUAUCUUUUCAGCUGUCAACAAGGGAGUGAGUGUGAUGAUGCAUAGUUACUGUGAUUGGACAAAAUUGCAUGACUACCCAGAAUUUGUUGAAUUUGUGUUAGUAGUUGCAACCAAACCAUUGCGGCACAGUAAACAGUGUCCAUGGCAACAAACUAGUUCAUGUCAUUACUAAUCUGAUGAAGGAGACCGAACAGAAGAUAAUACAGAUUCCUGUAAACGCAUGAACUUGGUGCAGAGAGAGUGUACGCUUAAGUGAUCACAGAAGGUGCAAACACACUUGGGCGGCCAACCCAAGUAAUCUUUAUGUAAAGAGACACUGAAAUACGCAGUAAUACAUUGAGUAUGCAAGCGGCGCAACAGAGAGAGCACACUAAAGCAAUAAAAGAUGGUGCAAAUAUACUGAAACACUGAAAUACAAAGUGAUAGAGUACCAGACAGUAUGUGCAGCAGAGUAACAGAGAUUUGAAGUGUGUGUAUGUUCUAGUGGGAUAACACGCACACAUAUAUUCUGUGUUUUUUUUUUCAUGUAAUUUAGCAACAAACAAAGAUUUUUUCUCUAUAUAUCAUUACUUUUCUCUUGUUUGUCUCUCAGAUUGUUUCUCUCUCUCUCUCUCUUACUCUCUAUCUCUCUCUGUGGUCUGACCAGCUGGGUGGAAAGAAUCCCUUGUACAUCCCUCCCGCUGUCUGUCAGGGGCUUUUGCUUUGCUGUUGCCUAGCAACUGCUGCAGAAGCCAUCAUUGGCUGCUCGCGGUGUGUGCUGAGUGUACUGCUAAAUGUAUUUCUCAGUGUGUUGCUAGGUGUGUUGCCAAAUGCAUCUCUGGGAGUGUUGCUGUAUGUGUCGUUGAAUGUGUGUCUGAGAGAGAGCGAGAGAGAGUUCAGGCUGAAGACAGACAGACUUGAGCCGCCCUUGCUGCUCCCUCGCAUCCUGAGAGUCUGCCAGCCUUUGUGUGGUUCACAGUGCAGAUAACACACAAACACACACACAAGCAAUGUACAGUAGAAACUAGAAACACACGAAUACACACUCCAGACAGAUAGACAGACACCUGCUGCUCCUUUAGUCUCUCUGCUCCUCAUUGACUGCUGCACUGAAGUCUGUUUUUGUUUUUUUCAAUGAGCUGUUUGGAUAGUAACACUUUCAUUCUUGCUCUUGAAAGGUUUAAAUAGUUUGUGUACGCAUGCAGCGCACUUUUUAACAUAAUUUUAUUUAUACUUACGACAAAUAAAGCACUCUUGUCUUGAUCAUGCCCUGACAUGUGCCCUAUCAGCCAUCUCCCAAGAAUCAGCCCUCCUGAUCUAAAUCCACCUGUUGGCUUUCUGUGCAGCUUUGCUCACACAUUAAUUGGCCCCCCUUUUUUUUCUCGGCCAUUCCCGUCACUCCAGGUCGAUUGAGGACUUUGCCGAGUGGGCAUCCUGCCAAGCCUCUGCAGCCCACCUCGAUCAGCUUUCCCAACAUCUAGCCUUGCACUCCUCCUGACACAUUUCCUUUUGUUGGCGUCCUCAGUACGCUCUCAUUAGGGCUUUCAGUGUGAUUGGUGAUAAUAUCAGUUGGAGAAGACCCAGCAAAUACAAAUUUUGUUCUAAAUUUAUUGAUGUUUUCAGUUCCUGACAGCAAAGGUUUUACCUCAGUAUCUAAAUCUAAAAUAUAUACAUAUAUAGCACUUCUACAUGAAAUCUCACAUUUACCCAUUCACACCAUAUUUACACACUGGAUAAUCAGCAUUCGUCAGUGUUUAAGUAUUUCUGAUUUGUCCAUAGAAACUCACAAAAUCUACACAUGCUCCUGAGUUUGUGAAAGUUAAAAAUUCACAGAAAUAUUGCUUAUUAUAAAAAAAUCUUUUUUUUGUCCAUGUUGGAAUCUGUUCUGUUCACAAUAGGCAGACACCUUUAAAAAAUGUUAUUUGAAUGUCGUCAAUAAGUAAAUGAAUGUUAAUGACACUUAGCAACAUUAUUUAACGAUUGCUCUUUGCCAUCUUACACAAUGGUACAGUGAUAGAUAGCGGUGGGAGAAAAAAAAUCGAUUCUCAAAAAUCAGUUUUUUAAAAAUUUAAGAAUAAAUCUUAAACUGACUUACAUGUGAGGUGUAUUUUUUGGGGAAAUAUGGCUCCUGGAAUAGUCGGUAGACAAUCGUAAUCAUUCAACUGUUUCUCUGGUGUCAAAAAUGCAGAGUAAAAAUCAAGAAAAUUGACAAUAUCGUAGAAUCGCAAUUUCUAAUAGAAUCGGCAUCCCAAAAAUCGUGGAAGAAUCGAAUCAGGAGAAAAGCAUAUUGUCCCAGCCCUAGUGAUAGAUUAGAAACAGGUGUAUGUGUUUGCUCACACACAUAUGGUUGUCUCUUUCAUGGAGCUCCAACAUAAGCUGAUGCCUGGAUCUGAGCAGGUUUUUUUCCUACAGUUCACAUCUGAUUCAGUCUGUAACAGUUUGUUUAGAGGAGCUCAUUGCCUUUCAGCACCACAUCUCAUCUUGCAUCACCCCUCCCCCUUCUCCUCCCUCCCCCUUCCCCCUGUGUGAGGGCAGUCACAUGUGUGAGUGUGCAGAGAUGCUGGGAAUAUUUCUUCCUCUUUUGGACGCUCCACUUUGGGUCCAGCAAUCUCAACAAUCACAUUCAAGAUUGCGGCACGCUGUAUCUCUCAGAUCAUAGCAUGGGGAAUUGGCAAGCUGUGUGUCUGUGUGUCUGUGUGUGUGUCCCCUCAUCCCCCGGUGAGGGUUGUUACUCUUCUACAGGCAUGUGCUGACAGGUCCCCUGCGUGAGUCCAGCAGCUCCUGAUCCACUCUGCCCCCUCCUGGUCAGCUGCUCCUCACUGGUGCAGGAUGAUCAGGAGAUUUUAGUGCCCUCAUCCUCUGCAGUUUGAAUUCUUACUCUGCUGUUAGUGUCUCAUGUAUCUGGAGUAAAGACAGAGCUGCAGCAGGAGCGUGCAGAUAGAAACAGACAGAUAACCUCAGACACAGCGAAUCAGAGCGUGUCGUCUGCAGCUUGGCUCACCUCAGAUGACUCUUAGUAGCAGCACCAUGCAUGUCUUUCUGCUAGUGAUGUUGCUUGUUCAGCCAGCAUUAUAAAUACUGUAUCUCUCUUUCUAAACGCUGGCUGACCUCACUUCACACUGCCAAGACCUCAAUCCUCUCUGCUCCCCCAACAAUCCCAGCUCUUCCUCUUUGUUUCAGUUGAGUUAUUUCAGUAAUGGGCUGCUUGAACUCGGUGUGCAUGAAAACCAUGAAUCACAGCUUGUUGUUGCGCUCAUCUGUCUCUGUGGCCAUGGAGGGAUUGGUCAAGUAGUGCAGGGUAGGAGCAAAAGGAAACAAGUUUACACAGCCUGCUGCAGACUGCAUUUAUCUUAAUCACAGCCCUUUGCAGUCUGCAGAAGGAAAAAGUCAAGCUGCUGCCAGAUCAUCAUGUAUUCAGAGAGGACAGUGACAAUGCAUGCUGGGAAAUACCGAUCAAGUGUGUCUGUCACAUCAGAACCCUUUAAUACACGCUUAUUAGAUAAUAAACAGCCAAAGAGUGCUCCAUGAUAAGGACCUUACAUGCACUGAAUUUUUACUAUCAUAUAUUUAAAAACAGGGUCAGAGGUCUGUGAUUGUACUUUAAUUACAUUUUAGCACAGAUGCUGUGUGUAGUUUGGUCAUUGAUGUGGCAAAGAUGGAUUCAAGUCGGUGCAUUAAUAUUUUCUCUGUCUGGACCAGUGAGUUUUCUUUUUUUUUUUUUUCUUCUUCUCCUCUUACAACUACUCCUUUUACUUCUACUUCUCCUACUUCUUUUACAACCACUCUUUCUUUUUCUACUUCUCUUCUUCUUCUUCUCUUACAACUACUCCUUCUUCUACUUCUACUUCUCAUACUUCUCUUACAACUACUCCUUCUUCUUCUACUUCUCUUACUAUUACUUAUUCUUCCUGAUCUUCUUCUUCUUCGACUACUACUACUAAUACUACUAUAACUACUACUAUAACUACUACUUUGACUACUUUUUCUUCUUCUACUUCUGUUACUACGUCUCCUUUUUCCUCUACUACUUUUCUUACUUCUUCUUCUACUUCUCUUAAUUCUUUUUCUUCUUCUCUUACUGCUUCUCCUUUUUCUUCUUCUCUUACUUUUAUUUCCUCUUCUUCUUCUUCUACUACUUCUACUUUUCCUUCUCCUUCUUCCUCUACUACUUCUCUUACUUCCUCUCCAUCUUCUUCUACUUCUCUUGCUACUACUUCUUCUUUUACUCUUACUACUUCUUCUCUUACUUCUUCUUCUUCUCUUACUUCUUCUUCUUCUUCUUCUCCUACUACUACUUCUUCUUCCUCUUCUUCUUCUUCUUCUUCCCCUACUACUACUUCUUCUUCUUCCUCUUCUCUUUCUAACGAGUUGUUUGAGGCAGGCCUUUCUGCUGUGCCGGAUGUACAGAUUAACCAGUUCGAAGAUCCUACAGCAAUGACCUCAUAAGUUUAGUGAGUCUCGUAGAGGCUAUUCGAGAUCUUGUGUGAUUCUUUAACGAAGUGUUUUGAGCAAUUUACAUCUCUUUUCUAAAAUUAUUACAGCGUACACUGUGUGUGUUUACACUGUGAUUUGAAAAUUUACAUACAUUGAGUAUAGACACCAAACAUUGUAACUUUGCAUUGUCUGUUGUAACUGUGGAAAAGCAUUAACCUCCCCUUUAAUCAUUAAUUAGAGCAUAACCCAGAUUUUAAUAGGAUUUGUGUCUGUUUUUGUGUUGUAGGUCAGAAGACGUGUCUCCACCUCCAUGGAGUUUUCCCUUACAUCUACAUCCCGUACGAUGGCUACAGCCAGCAGCCUGAAUGCUACCUGCGCCAGGUGGCCUUCAGCAUCGAUAGAGCCCUCAAUGUUGCCAUGGGAAACCCCUCCUCCAACACGCAGCAUGUCUUCAAGGUGGUGCUGGUCUCUGGCAUGUGAGUGACCGUUCGUUUAAACCCUUUGAAUCUGAAUAUGUUAGACGCUCUCUGAAAACCUGUUUGUGUCCUCACAGGCCGUUCUACGGCUACCACGCCAAGGAGAGGCACUUUAUGAAGAUCUACCUGUACAAUCCUCAGAUGGUGAAAAGGUGAGGCUCCUGUAGAUCGAUGUAGGCGGAGCUGCAGGUUUGUGAGAGAGCUGAGAGCCAGACUGUGUGUGUGUGCAUGACUCCACCAGCUCACUAAACUGAAAUUGAUCACUUUGUAUUUAGUUGUACAAAUUGAUGGACCGAGUGUGUGUGUUUGAAGACUGUGAAUUAUUUGUUAUCAGCGUUUGCAGAGCUACUGCGGAGUCUGUGCUCUGCUAAAACAGAGUGACUCUCACAGAGGUGAAAGAGAGGAAGAGGAGGACAAGGAGAGGCCUGAGGUUAAAUUUAGGAUGAUAUAAAGAGGGAGAGGUAAAGGUAGACUGAUGAAGAGUGAGGAGGAACACUGAAAUGUAAAGAGGAGAGAAGAGAAUAGAUGAGGUGUCAGGUAUAUUAGGUGUGUCUGUCCUCCUCGCUCUCCUCGACUCAUUUGCUCUAAUCAGUCUAUCAGUCAGUCUCUGCUGUUCUGACCUUUAAAGGAGAAACAUGGCUCCAAGACAGAGCGCCAUCCUAUUCAGCCUUCUGAGUGAAUAAAAUCAAUAUUCAGAUGCAUUUAGACAUGAGCUCUUAUCAGGUAAUGUAAUUACAUAAAUGAGGUGGUGUAAAACGAGUGAAGUGCAUGUGACGGACAAAAUCUACAUCGCAGUCAACGCAGUACUCGCUCUUUUUGCUCACUAGAAAUGUUGUGUUCUUGCUGGAUGUGAAUAAUGUUAUUUACAUGCUGACUUUACAUGGAUUUAAAUGUCCGAACAUAUUGAGAGAAUAACACUCUAUUUGUAUGUCAUAUUGUGCCUGUUGGAGCACCUAAACAGGUGAAUUUAUAUAACAAUCCAACCUCCUCCCUCACUUUCCCCACAAAAAAAACUUCUUUUUAUCCCUGUUUCCAUAGAAACAACACACCUUAUCCAAUAGCUCAGGGUAGCUGCGUGCUGUCACCAUCAGUUUAUCUUCCAGAUCUCAGAUGAAUCAAUCACUACAGGUCUGAUCUUGACAUACAACAUCAGAGGAUUUGCAUACUGAUUGGCGAUGUCGGUGUUAGACUUUUAGAGUGUUGAACGCACUUGAUAUGGAUUCAGCAAAUGGUUUUAUUUUGGCUUAGUGUAAGCACACAUAAGACUUUCAACAGAUAAGCCCCCUUGUUUAUAAUAGAAGAGGCUAAUCAUCGUACUGAAAACACUUUUUAUUGUGUACCUGCAUCUAACUUCCUGCUGAAUCUGUAGUCAUCUCUAAUGAGCAGGUUAGCCUGUCUGCUCUCAGAGUGUCAGGUUUAUAGCUGUCUCUGCUGUGCUGUGUUUUUUCAGGGUGUGUGAGCUGUUACAGAGCGGGGCAGUGAUGAACAAGAGCUAUCAGCCUCACGAGGGCCACAUCCCCUACCUGCUGCAGCUUUUCAUAGACUACAACCUGUACGGCAUGAACUUAAUCAACCUGGGGGCCAUCAAGUUUCGCAAGGGGCCCAACAGAGGUAAGAGACAGAGUCAGCCAGGUGUCCUCUCAGCUUCCAAACAGGUGAUUUCUUCAUCUGUUUUUGAGUUUAUGAGGUUUAAGGCUUUUGCAGCUCGGAAAGAUUUGAUGUUUAUUUUCUAUCUUUGGUGUCUUUGGACGGCUCUUUUGGUAUCCUCUUGCUUCUCACUACUUUGCACAUGUUUUGUGUUUGUUGGCUUCAUUUCUCUAGAUUGUUUAGAUUGUUUGCUCUUUGUACUGAUGCUUUAGGAGGCGAAAGGAAGACAUGUUAAAGCUCUCUGCCUCAAAAUCAAUCCAGAGUCUCUGAAUUAAACAUGAGAAAAAAGUAGAUCCAGAGGUGGACAGGAGAAUGAGCAGAUAUUGAGUGUUGGUAAUAUCAGGGUCUGUUCUCUCAGCUACACAGAGAGAUGGUGUACAGACUCCCAGUAGAGAAGAGCAGGACUGAUACUCUGUGGGAUGCACGUGCCACUCUGUGAAAUGUUGAUAAAAUGUCAGAGAAACCUGUCCUGAUGCUGUCUGUUUCUAAUUUUAGCAACUCUCUUACCAGCCUUAUAAAAAAAUCUCAGCCUGAUGUCUGAAAGUUUACAAUCCAAUGAUCUCUUUGUUUUUUAUGUGCAUCUCUGCACAUUUCUGGAAAAAUAGCUUUGAAAAUCUUUUUUUUUUUCUGUUAUCAAACAACAUGUGAACAAACUGAUUUUCUCUGUCAUAGAAAUGGGAUUUUAACCAAACAAGUUUUAAAGGUUUAUGAAUGAAUUUUCUCAUCUCUUGAACCGCUCUUUGAAAAUGCACAUAUAUAUUAAAUAGACAGCUCCCCUGUGUGUCUCUGUGUGUUUUCUCCAGGUGAGGCUGCAGACGGAGAGACAACAAGCAGUGGUCCCAGCGUCAGUCCCUGGAAGAGCCCCUGUACCUCCAAACUCAAUGACAGCACGCUCGGAGGAUCGUUUGUCCGCUGGGAUGACAACACCAUCCCUUGGUGAGUCUCAGCUGCAUGGGCCUCAUUGCUUCAGCUUUAAUGCUCAGUGAGUAGCAACAGGAUGAAGAGGGUUUGAUUUCCUGAGAGUAUCUCAUCCUGCAGCAUACAGAUCUGAUUUUAAACAAGGCCUCAGUUCUGCCUCGCUCUUUUUGUGACAAAUGUGAGUUUGUGCAUCGUAACCUGCGGUAUGAACGUAGCCGACUACCUUUUGUCUUCACAUAUCAGGGAUUCUUCACCUAAAUGAUCCUCCACAUGUCUGUGUUUCUGUGUCUGUCUGCAGCUCUCUGGUCCUGGACAAAGUGGAAAAGCUGAGCACUUGUGAGCUGGAGGUAGACGCUGUUGCUGUAGACAUCCUCAACCGUCUGGAAAUUGAAAGUAAGACCCCCUUAGGAUACUUGUUCCUCUACCUGUCCUUAACACUUAUAUCUGACUGUAACAGCUGUAGGAACAAGACAGAGGGCGUCAAAGGUCAUCUGCUGAGUCAGCAGCAGCAGCAGCAGGUUUGAUAAAAACAGGACUUGUCCCAGAUAAAUCAGAAGCCCUGAAAAUACACACUGGAUCUGACCAUUGACCUCAUGUCUCAGAGGAGGAGAGUAUCCUCCAAAGAUGGAAAUUUUUCUGGAUUCACAGAGACAGGUGGAGCUACCUAACGCAGCCCCGCACACCUGGAGUAGAUGCUGCUGAUACUCCUGCUUGUUCAAGCAUCAGUUUACAGAGAUAGCUGUAACCUCAGGGUUUAGUGACGCUGCAUUUAAUGCUGUUUUUGAACAGCAUUUUUAAGUUUCGAUACAGCUGGAUGUGUUUGAUAGUAGAGAGCGACAGCUGCUGUGUUUGAGAAAUGAAACCAGCAAAGAUAUUUUCAGACAGGUAAUGAAGCAAAUACUUGGUCCUGCAUAGUAACAGAUUUAGUCAGUGGAAAGACUGAAUACACCCCAUUUUACACUGAGGGGGCAGGAAUAUUUAAUCUCUUGUCACAUGUUGAAUUUUAUCCAAGAGAGUAGGUUUGAUUUCGACAUUGGUGGGGACACAAAAUUUAUUCCAUUUUCUUUUCUUUGACAUCCCUCAAAUCCUACACUGCACUCACACACACGCACAAAAAACAGCACAAACACAAAAGUAAAUGUAAAUGACACCGCUGACAUUAAAGUCAGUUUAAGCUGACAUGACCCAGGCACAAUAUGCCAAACAUGUUGACAACUUACACUUUGCCGUUGCAGAUGACAUGCACUGUCUGCCUCCUGUCCGGUCCAACUAGCAGGUAACUUUUACAGGCAAAUGUAGUGACAGCGGGGACAGCUAAUCACAUGUACGCAAACUGGCAGCCAAUCGAAGCAAUAUUUAGAUUAGAGGCGGGACUUCUAGCAGAGACCAAUAGUUAACCCUUUGUGUGCCAUAAUCAUUGAUUAAACACUAUGGACAGCAGUUGUAUUGAUAGGGACUUCACUGUAGCAGCUGACUAUUUGUAGGGACGUGUCUCUAGCAUGUCUACCCAAUUCUACGCCCUUGAUUUUAGCCAUUCAAGAGGUAAACCUUUAUAUGGCUAGUGUCACCAUAAACAACAGUGUGUUUACCCUGACAACUGACUAGACAUUUUGGUGCCUCUGACAGUGUCUAGAGUCCUUUCGAAAGGUCCUUUUUAGAUGGCAACUUUGAAAUGUGACUUUAACCAUGAUAAGAGCUGUUUGAGUGCUUUAAAUAAUAAGGAAAGGAGCUUCAUUGCUUCUUCCUCUAAUUUUUCCUGAGGAUACACUUCACCAUUCCUUUGAAAACAGACGAAAAAUUACCCAUAUCAGGGUUCCCUCUGGGAUUUUUUUGUUUUUAAACUUUUUACACCUAAAAACAAAAAAAGGUGAGGGGGUUUCUCCACUGCUUCUAACUAUUUAGUAAACAGGCUACAAGUGUUGUAUUCUUUAACACCACUAAUAACACGCAGUUAACGUUGGGAACAUUUAGGUAUUACACUUGCCAUGGUACUCAUCGAUAUCACUUCUAUUCCUCUGGACAUGAGGACAUAAAGUCACCAUAAAUCAAGAACAUCGGACCUCUGUGUUAUCUUACGUCACCUGACUCUCUCUCCCUUGGGUCCCCUUCUUCCUCGCUAACACUGCCAAGAUUGAGUGGGCUUUCUGCUGUUUAGGACAACAUUGAUGCUAAAUUAAUGGAUCAUUUCCUCACCACAAUUUAAAGAGAUGAAUAGAUAAACUAAAAACUGUUAAUUGGGGUUGUGGAGCAUUUUUAUUUGCAGUUCUCAUCAAAAAUCAGGUUUUCACAAUAAAUUUCAUAUUUAUCAGUUUUGUGUUAUGAUCAUGUGUGAUCAUGCAGAUCCAGUGUCAGGUUUGCAGGAAAAGGACUGGAGUUUGGAUGUUUUGAGAGAUUUUCACUGUACGCAUGUUUAUUAUUGUCACUAUGUGCCCUGAGAUGACCCCUGCAGAGCUGUUUGAGCUAAACGUUUAUUCAGUAAAUUAUUUCCUGUUCUCACAUGGAAGCCUGAGUGCAGCAGGUCCUCAUGAUUUCUGAUUAUUUUUGCUCUAAACUGGAGUCAAACACAUAAACCACAGCAAGCACCAGCCUGAGAACUCAGAGAGGAGAGCAGUAGAGCCGGGCAGACAGAGCUGCUGUCGUGACUCAUACUUUCCUCUCUGUUCUGUAACUGUAAAAGCAGAUCCAAAGUAUGAACAGGCUGAGUCUGAUGUUUAGAGUCUGGUACUGGUGUGUUUUUACUCUGUCAUGAUUCAAAUGCUGAGUGAGAAGAUGUAUGUAAAGCAGCUUUUUAACUCCAUAGUAAUGGGACAUAGUGCACUGGAUAGUAAACUUGCUCCAAUUCUGUGACUCUCCUCUGUGAUCAAAUCAGCCGAUUCCAACUCUCCGUAGAUCAGCUUACUCUCCUCUGUGCUCGGAUCAGCUGACUCUCUGACCCCCUACUAUCCCCUGUGCUCAUAUUCCCUGGCUUUCUGACUCUCCUCUGUGCUCAGAUCAGCUGAUUCUGACUCUUCUAUGCUCAGAUCAGCUGACUCUCUUAAUUUUCUGCCCCUCUAUGUUCAGAUCAGACCGGCAGGAACCCUGGGCUGCAGGCCAUCUGGGAUGACGAGAAGCAGAGGAGGAGGGAGAAGAACCAGGCCUCCCAGAUCGAAACUCCAGAGUCACAAGGUGAGAAAAUUCCCAUCAUAAACUCUCUCCAUUAAGCAAAAUAAUCUCAAACACAUGAAAAUAAUUAAAAUUUUGGUAACUAUCUCUACAUUUUAGCUCUGAAAGUGCAGAGAGAGGAAAUAAAGCUGCUCAGCUCUGACAGGAAGGUUACAGUUACUAUGAAGAAUUAUGUGACAAGUUUUAAAAGUCGCCGUAAUUCAGUUUUGGUUUGUAGAAUUACAACUAGUCCCAUUUCAUUGUUGUCUUUAAACAGUUAAAACUCCAUAAAAAUACCAUACUUCACCACAAUCACUGACCAAACCACUUAACCCAGGAAAAGAAUCAGACACUGUGGGAGAAAACACAGGAAACUUUCCAGCUCUGAGGAGGGUUUUUAUUAAAAAAAUCUGAUGUUUUCCAGAUCGAGGAUGUGUUGCUUCAACAGAGAGCGAGAAACUCUUCAUGAAGAGGUUCAAGGAGAUCCUGAAGGAGAACGACUUCGACGUGUAAGUUCCUCCUCCCCCUCCUUUUGAUCUGUUGUCAUGGGGAUAGUUAGGGGCGGAACUCAACAGAUGUUUUAAGACAAACCCGAUCCGAGAGUCAUCAGCAGACAACAGUCCCCUGACAACAGUCCGAACAGCUGGAGGAGAGACAGUGUUUGAAUAGGAGACAGGAUGCUGCACUCCACUAAGUCAGACCACAUUCAUCGUAACUCUCACACCACUCGGUCUUGUGUGUCCUCACUUCACCCCUAGUCCUUCAACAUCUUUUCCCCCUCCUCCUCUUAGAUUCUGGGCGAACAAGACUCUAGAAACAAAACUCUAGUUCUUCUUUCAAGAGAUUCAUGAGCCCCCAAACACAAAGACAAAUGUCUUGGUGUUAUAUGUCGUUAUGACAGUCAGUGUUUAACAUGUAUGGAAGCUCCAAAAGGACAUAAUUAGAUGUAUUUCCUUUUUUUGUGUGUGUUGUGAUAACAAGUUAAUUUCAGGCUAAACAGCUCAUAGUCAACAUUCAUGCACCGUUAGCAAUUAGCAACAAGCUCUUGUUGUUGACGAGCUCACUUUGUUUAGGAAUGAGAUCAUCGAUUUUCAUUUAUACUGAUACAGUUAUCGAGACUCCUAAAUGAUCCGAGUUUUUAUCAGUACUGCUUGCAGGUCUUUUAUAUUUCCCUUGAAUUUCCCUUUAGGGAUUAUUAAGUUCUUUUCCCUCAAACUACUGUAUUUAUUAUACAAUAAUUACAGUAUAGUAAUUACAACAGAGUAUUAGGGCCACAUUAAAAAAAGAAAAAAUUAAGACUUUGACAUUAAAUCCCUUAAUUUACAAGAACAAAGUCAUUACUUACAAAAAUAAAAUCAUUACUUUGGGCUCAGUUGUGCCUACACAUGGUACAUACAUCAUCAAGAUACAACACAACAGGUGCAGGGGCUUACAUCAUUGUGUUGUGUCUUUAGUUUACAAGAAACACAGUCACAGACUUCAGACACGGACUCUGAUCAUAUCUGCCCAAACGUCAACACUCAACCUGAGCAUCACACCAGCAUGAAUGUUUUAUCUGCAUGUUUAAAAUGAUUAUUGAGACAAACAGUUACACUGAUGAAACAUCAAAUCCCUCUUGUUAACAUGGUUUGUGCUUGGGAAGUCCCGUUUGAGACUUGGAUGCUGAAGUUACAAACUGACUUGACACAGAUAAGAACCAUUUGUAGCUGGAUGAACACUUCCAUGGAAACCUCUAGAGUGACAACAAUGCACCUUAAUACUGUAGAAGAUCAAUGCGAGGCAAGCACUUGACUGAGCAACACCUCAUUGCGUCUUUGGAGCAAAUAAUUUGAUUUCGACAACAACAAGUACGAUUUUACCUUGGCCCAACCUCUCAAACUGUUUUAUAGUUUCAAGUUUGUGAUUUUUCUAAGGAGAUCUUCCUUCCCGUCAACAAAGUUUGUUGAAGAUCUUUUACUGUUUCAUUUUCAUCGUCUCUGUGCUGCCAUGGACAGUAGAUUUCCUGUUUUUUAUCUGAGUGCUGUCCAGCUGCAGCAACCUCAGAACCAGUUCUCUGGCUCUUAUAUUGUUCAGCGUUUGAGAGAAACCCUUUUUACCACCAUUAAUGAGGUGAAGCUCCUCAAAGAGGAAAAUAAAGCGCUGAAGGAUUCCAUCCAUCAACAGGGAGAAUCCGAAAGACCGAAUGUGACCCAGCUCCAAGAGGAGCUGAAGAUAAAAGAUGAUCUUCUCCUGAAAGCUGCUCAAAAAGAGCAGGAGAUGACCAGGGCCCACUAAAAGGCCUUGGACCUGCUGGCACUCAAAAAAGAGGAGGUUAAAAACCUAAAAGAGGAGCUACAGCAUAGAGACAACCUCCUGGAAAGCUCCAUAAAGAAGGAGCUGGAAAUAACCAGUGUGCUUGCCCCAAAAGACUUGGAAAUUAAGAGUCUUAAAGAGAAUCUCAGAAAGGAGCUAGCACGAAAAGAAGGAACUCUGAGCUGAGAUGAAGAAGAAGGAAGAAAUGCUACUGGCCACUGAAAAGUCUGAGGUGAGCAGGCUCCAAGAUGAGCUACAGUCUACGGUAGAGCUUCUGAACAGGGCCAUCAAAAAACGGCGCAAAAGAAACAAGGCCUACCUGGACAAUAUGGACCUGCUCAACAAGAAGGACUUGGAGCUAAAGAGGACUGAGGAGCACUGGAGAAACAAGUGCAAUGAGCUGCAGAAGAGUCUUGAAGAGCAGACCAGCAACCUGCAGGUACUUCAAAGCUCAGAUAUAUGACAGUAACUAUAGAUCCAAAUAAUCUCAGAUUCUGUAGAAAAGAACUUCAACUUUUACUGCAUGAUCUAACACACAGUUUCUUUCUCAGCUCUCUUCUCAGAUACUAGUCCUCAAUGAAACAGCUAAACAUUAGCUGGACCCCUCAGAGGAUGGAAAACAAGAAGAGGAGAUGGAGAAGAAGGAGGAGAAAAGAGAAGAGGAGGAGAAGGAGAAGAAACAAGAGGAGGAGUAUUUAUAUUAUUGCCAAGUGAAUGUAAACUGGAACAAGGACAAACAUCCAGUUAAAUCACCUUGUCAGGCCUUAACUGUUGCUGGACUUAAUUGUGUAUAUAAAGGUACUGACUGUCUCCUCUCCCUAGUCCCCUACUGGCCUUCAUUCACAUUGCUUUGGGCUCAAUUGGGUCUACACAUGGUACAUACAUCAUCAAGAUACAACACAACAGGUGCAGGGGCUUACAUUACAAACUUUACAAAGUUUUAGCACAGACCUGCACAAGGCAUGCUGAUGUAUCAACACCAACGAGUUCAGUCACUUUAUCUUGGGUCUGUUUCAAAAGUCCGACAUUUCCCCCCGUCAAAUUCGGACAACCACCAGUAGUGACACCUACCAGUUUGUCCCAUUUUAGUCCAAGCUUGACCAUGCAUGCAUCUACCUCCAUGAACAGCUCGCUCCCCGUUGUUCCUUUAAUUGACCUCAAUGCUGCCAGCUCCUCCGUAAUCUUGAAGUCCUGCCUUAUUCCUCGGAGAAAUACCAGUAACUGGGCAGUGUCACGGACAUCACAGCUCUCAUCCAAAGCCAAAGAGAAAAACUCAAAACUUUAAACUCCACUUUUUAGCUGAAGUUUGAGAUCCUCCGCGACGCCUUCUACCCUUCUGGUGACGGUUCGCCUGGACAGCGGGACUUUGUCAAAUGCUUCUUUAUUAUCAGGGCACAUUAGCGUGGCAGAGUCCACCAGAAACUCCUUCACAAACUCACCAUCCGAGAAUGGCUUACAGUUUUUAGCGAUUUUGUGGGAUAUAACAAAGCUGGUCUUGGUCGCUGCAUCCCGGGUUGUGUGUAGCUCGGUAUAAUAGCCUUGUUGUUUUGCUAGCUUUGCUAGCAAGUCUUCCGAAAUUCGCGCUCUCUCAGCCUCCGCCGAGUGUCUGUAUUUCUCUGCGUGUUUUGUCUCAUAAUGCCGACUCAAAUUGUACUGCUUGAACACGGCGAUCUGUUCACCACAAACUAAACAUACGGGUUUACCGCCGACUUCAGUAAACUAAUAUUUGGUGCUCCAAAUCUUCUUGAAAUUUCGGCCUUCAGCGUCCACCUUUCUUUUUUUAACAUGUCCGUACAUCGUUGAGGGGUGACAAUGGCCGCUAAUCAUGUGCACCGAUUGACUUGUUUUACGGAUUACGUAUACGACGUCGUAGGCUACGUUCACAGUACUGUACAGGCUUCAAAGUAAAAGCAUUAGUUUUUACUUCCUAUUGUUGUAGUCCACACAUUAAAAUUCAAAAGUAUGUUUUAUUUUCUAAAUUCCAAGCAACCUUUCGCGGGCCGGUCAGAGUCGCUAAAAUGCCCAGGUCUGCUCUAGAGUGACAACAAUGCACCUUAAUACUGUAGAAGAUCAUUGCGAGGCAAGCACUUAACUGAGCAACAUCUCAUUGCGUCUUUGGGGCGAAUUAUUGGAUUUCGACAACAACAACAAGUACGAUUUUACCUUGGCCCGACCUCUCAAACUAAGUUGAAGCUGCUCAAAAAGAGCAGGAGAUGACCAGGGCCCACUAAAAGGCCUUGGAACUGCUGGCACUCAAAGAAGAGGAGGUUAAAAACCUAAAAGAGGAGCUACAGCAUAGAGACAACCUCCUGGAAAGCUCCAUAAAGAAGGAGCUGGAAAUUACCAGUGCGCUUGCCCCAAAAGACUUGAAAAGUCUGAGGUGAGCAGGCUCCCAGAGGAGCUAAAGUCUACGGUAGAGCUUCUGAACAGGGCCGUCAUAAAACGGCGCAAAAGAACCAAGGCCUACCUGGACACCAUGGACCUGCUCAACUAGAAGGACUUGGAGCUAAAGAGGACUGGGGACCACUGGAGAAACAACAGACCAGCAACCUGCAGGUACUUCAGAGCUCAGAUAUAUGACAGUAACUAUAGAUCCAAAUAAUCUCAGAUUCUGUAGAGAAGAACUUCAACUUUUACUAAAUGACCUUACACACAGUUUCUUUCUCAGCUCUCUUCUCAGAUACUCGUCCUCAAUAAAACAGCUAAACAUCAGCUGGACCCCUCAGAGGAGGUAAAACAAGAAGAGGAGAUGGAGAAGAAGGAGAAGAGAAGAGGAGGAGAAUAAACAAGAGGAGAAGAUGGAGAAGAAGGAGGAGAAGAUAGAGGAGGAGGAGGCAAAACUUUUCUCUAAAUAAGAGUGUCCUUGAUAUCAAGAAAUUUCAACCAUUUAGGGUUUAUCAAGGGGUGGCCCAUCUCCAGAGAAGUCCCCUCCCUCCCUAAAGUUUUAUUAUUUCUCAUUUUAACAACUGUCGUCUUAAACAGCAGCUUAGAAUAUAAGGACUUUAUUACGACUUUAUUCUCGCAAGUUAUUACUUAAUAAACUUUAUUCUCAUAAGUAAUGAUUUCAUUAUUAUUAAUUUUUUUCCUAAUGUGGCCCAUGCACUCUCGUAAGUAAUUGUAAUAGUAUAGUAAUGGUACUACAGCAAUCAAUACAUAACUUCUAAGAAACAGCACCACUUCCAUGUGCUGUGGACAUCUGAAAUAGAAAGCUGGAACCCGGUGUCCAUCAGAGGGGCACAGCUAGGAGGAGAAAUGUGUUAAUCUCCCGAUUCCUUCCUGCCUGCCAGCCUCGCUCCCUCCUCGCCUCUGAAGUCGUUAGUGAGCAGACUAAUUAAGAGGCAGGCAGACAGUGGCACGUGCGCGCUGACUCUCCAGAGGCUUUUCCUUACAUGAGCCAACUGAGCCAAGUCUCCGAAUGAAAAUGGGGCUUCAGAGAAUUCUCUCUCACUGUCACUCUCACAUGAGAAGCUGGAAAAGAAGCAGGAUACUAGAUUAUUUGAAAGUUUCACAUAUAAGGCAAAAAAAAUAAACCAAUAUGGAUAUGUUUGAGAAUUUUUUAUUUUACAUGAAAAACAUUCCUCGACAAAGUGAACAAGUGCUUGUGUUUCACUUUAAAGUGCUGCAGUUUUCAGUUUUGAAUGCACAGUAUUUUUCCACCAUUCAUUAUUAAAGGUCUUUGGUAACAUCUCUGAGCGGUCUGAUUUGUUGUGUUUCCUACAUACUUUAUCUCACCAUGGCAUUGUUGGCAUAUCGCAUGUGCUUUGUCUUCUGAUCUGUCUUUUCUCUUGAAUCCCAAAUACUUCCAUACUGCUGAUUAAUUCCCAAGAGGCGAGUCAGUCAGUACGUUUACAUGACACUCAAGAAACUGAAUUUUUGCCUUACUCCGAUCAGACCAGCCCAGACAACUGAAGUGCAUGUAAACACCGUAGUCUGACUAUAAUAGGAGUUUGAGAACUCUGAUUAAAACACCCAGAUAAUGCGAUUGGAAUUCAGUAUUCUCUGCCAUGUAACCAGCGUAGUCAGUGUAUGAUUAGACAACGCAUGUGCAGGGGAAUCUCAAAAUAAUGGUGUAAUGUAAUAAUGGCGAUGGAUAUCGAUGUUUAUACUUUAAAUCGAUUCCGACUAAAUCAUUGCUCAAACAAUCAAUAUAUUGGUUCACAUCGAUGAAUCGUUACAACCCUACAAAAUAUGUUAAUUAUUGGGUUUACUGAGGGAGGUCUGGUGUGUGGUGUAGCAGGCAGAAUGAGUAACAUCAUUCGUGUUGAUAUAUCGUCUUUAAUUGAUUUUUUUGAUUGAUUAAAACACAGACUCAGCAAGACAUUACAACAUCUCAAAGUUUCUUUGCUGUUUGAAUAGGCCAACAUGUUCCCUGCAUGUCAUCUGUUUUUUUAAAUUUUUUUUAAUCGUCUCCUCAACAAUAAAACAUCCUUUAUCCAACUGAUGACUCAACCUUUGUGCAUCUUCUGUUUGAUUUCAGUCUGCUCUCAGCUUGCAGAAGUAGAACAUGCAUGCUUAGAGUCAGCGCGUUAACAGAGGGUUUAAUCAGAUGAAGGGUUUCCUCUCGCCUUCUCAGGGUGUUAUAUUUGCAGUAAUUUGGCACAUCCUGGGGUUUAAACCUGCAGAGCAGAGGGCUCUGACCCUGAACCCUCUGCUGCUAAAUCAGACAACGUAAACCUUUAUAAGGUUGGACCACCGCUGAAAAUCAAACUAAUUUUCUCAUUUAUUCUCCGACUGUCUCUGCGAAAUAUCAAACAGCGGUUCCCUGCCCAGUCUACAUUAAAAUAUUUAAAGUCACUAAGUGGUGGGUUGCUAGGCGAUGCAGCAGGGCAGCAUGGGUAAGAGAGCGUGAUAGGCAGCUUGUUGCUCAGAGCGAUCUCUGAGCAACAAGCUGCUCUGGGAUACAAAGCUGAACUUGGCUGCCUGCCUAUUUUCCAUUCAUUUUCUCUCUUCUACACACACAAACACACAAACACACCACUUGGCUGCUCACACACCCACUGACCAGACAAGAGACUCUCUCCACACAUCUGCAGCCACCCCACCCACCCACCCACACACACACAGUGUAAACAGAGCACUCUGCCUAAUUGAGAAAGGAAAGAGAUGUUAAUGAAACGUGACUGAGAGCGCAGACAGCUGAGCUCUCGGUUGAUUUAUAACUGGAAAAUGGAGGAAUUCACCUGUUGAAUGCACCCAGUGGGCCCACACACAGCUAUCAUUUCAAGAUUGUCCUUGUGAGUGCCUUUACAUAAAUUCGGCAAAGACAUCAAUUUUGACCCUGAGAUGAAGUAAUCGGACUUUGAUGAAAAAAGUCUCCCUGAUGUGGAAUGUCAACAGCUGUAAAAUUCACAUUCACAACUUUGUUGACGUAGUCUUUUACACACGACAAAAUGUUCUUUUGACUUAUCCAGUCCUGGCAUGAAAGUACGACUGCUGAAGAUUGUAAAAUCCUCACUGCAAGAUGUAUGUGCCUGAUAGGAACAGAAACCUAGAACAGAAAUGAGAAGCUUCACAGAAUCUCUGAAAUUUUAAAAAAAGUCAUUCAUUCUUUCUUAUGUUGAUGCUAGGCUGCUUUCCUCUAUCUUUAUCACACCAGGGGCUUUUCUUAGUGUGUUUACUUAUUGUCAGUUGGUUUCUCUUAAGGAUGCGAUGAAGGAUAAUCUUUUUUGUGCUUUUUGUUGCGCUAGAAGCUUAAAGUUUUUAUUGCUAGUGACUUGCGGCGGAGCAGUAACUCUAGCAUCCUCUCUCUUCAGGAUCUUAUCAGACUACUUCUACAGAAACAGAGUCAUUGAGCCUCUAACUGAGGUUGUUAUCAUUAUAUAAACAUGAUCCGUGUUUCUGUCUUUACCCGUUUAGGACACAGAGUUUUUCUGCUGCUGACGGGGAGGACCAGGAGGAUUUUCCAGGUGAACUCACUCUCCACUCUGACCCCCUGACCUCUGAGGGACUGCCGUGUACACCAGCUAAUGCUGUGCAGGUUCACAGGGACUCACAACCAGGUGAGGAACACCAGAUAUGUGUGAAAGCUGUGUUGAAAUCAAGUUUUUACUCACAGCUUCAAAGCUAAAGUGGAUUUAGCUGUUUAGCAUACUGCUCAGGCUUUUGGAUCUUAUUUUCAGUUGAAUGUUACAUCAAACUUCCUUUAUCGCCCAAAUCAUGUUUUACUUGGAGUUGUCCAUCAAUCAGAUUUUCCUCUUCUGGACAAUUGUUAGUGUAUAACCCAAAGGGAACCACGAUCAGCUCAGUUUCUUUGUGGCUCUGCUACCCGUCUUCACCUCAGCUCAUCGUUUUAAGUCGUGUCUUGAUUAUACCAGUGUCAUGUGGAUCGACACUGAUGUUGCUCUGCUCUGUACCACGGGGUCUUUGUUGAUGCUCUGCCUGCCUUGGCUUGUCAUACACAUUAAACAGGGCAGGUGUGCUCGCCAUUCAACAUAGGCCCAUGAGAGGGCAUGGAGCGCCAAGGAUAGACCCUGGGAUUUUCAUAUAUGCACAUAAAAUGUAAGGCAACAUUAAGAGCAAUAAAAGCAUUAAAACAUAUAACAUCAAAUAAAAACAAACAUCUAAGUACAGGUAAGGGAUGUUGUGUACUGAGCAGGUUUCUACAGAGGAAAAUACCCCCUACAGACCCCUAGAACCUGCUCACUGCAAAUUCUGUUUCUUAUUACACUGAUAUUUAGCUUUUCUUAUGAGCUUCUUGACUGCCUACUCUGAUCUGUUCCCUUUGGGGUCUUUGCUGCUUGGACUUGAUGUAUGCACAUGAAAUUGACGAGAGGUGUGCUGUCGCAUCUCAGACUUUUGCAAUCUCUCAUAUCUGAGCCAUACAACCAAAUCAGUCAAUCAGAUUUAUUCGUACAGCACUUUUCAUACAACCAAAAUGUAGAGCUUUACAUAAACAAAUAAAAUAAUAUACCCUGGAAGCUAACACAGAGACUUUAACAUUGGUGUAAUGUUGGCUCUCUUUCGGGUCUUUGUCAGCAUCCUAACAGCUGAGUUUUGGAUUCUUCCUGUAAUAAAAGCAUGAAUUAUGGUCUCUGCAUCGGCUCGAGAGAAAAGCUGUCGCACUCUGGCAAUAUUUUCCAAGAGUUUAAAAGCUUUCCUUGUCAUUUCCUUUGUAUACGGCUAAAAACUGAGAUUUCACACCUAGAUUCUACACUUGAUCAAAAUACAGCGCUUGCAGUUUUGCAUCCAGUUUCUUUCUCUGAGCUCCAGCACUAAUGAAUAAAGCCUGAUAUAACUUAUAAAUAAUACUUACUGUUUGAAAAUAUUCACAAGUAAAUCUCACAACCACACCCAGGCAAAAAAAGAACCUUCUCUUUAAACCUACCCUGUUCAGCAUGUUUACCAAGUUUGUUAGUUUGCAGAGGUUGAACUCUCCUCGUGCUCCCCUCUUCAAAUUAAUUAGAGAACAGUCUGAACUUGUAUUCAUUUUCCGCCUCCUUGUAUCAAGAGUGUGUGUCAGGCUGCAGAGGUAGCUGCUGAAAGUGGCGUUUGUUUCCUAGGCUCCAGCUGUGUACUGGGUUUAAAAGUGUGGCACUCAGUGAUUAGUUUUAGCCUAAUCUGCAUGCACUGUCUGCCAUGUCUGCACACAUAGCUGCCAGGGACAACCCUCGCUGACCUGCUGCUGAACUCUGGUGUCCCUGCUGUGCUGCAGCAUGUGUGUUGAUGAGCUUGUCUGGUUAAAUUAUCUCUAUCUUGUUGUGUUAAAUGCAAUGUUCCACCGGUGCUAAUAGAAUCCCAUCACUCCUGUCUCAGAGUCCUCUGUCAGGAACAGUAAAAUAACCACAGAAGAGGCCAUCGUGGAUGAAGAGGCCAUCCUGAGUCUCCUGGAGAACAGUCAGACCUUCCUCCCGCCCUCGCAGACGUCCAGUCACUCGCCCCUGAUAGGUAUGUGUGUCACUCUGACCCUCACAUAUCUCUAGGCUGACACUUAAUUUUUCAUAUACAUUUAUUCAUGUUUUUUUAAUGCAGAAUCAAUGACAGUCCAGUGAGAGGCGAAGCUGUCAUGCCUGUAGACAUGUCGUUUUCUUCAACCUUUAGUUUUUUUGGCCAAAAUACAAUAACACAUGGAAAUACUGAAGUUCAGGACAAUAUAAUUGAUCAACCAAACAGAACCUGGACUUCUCCAAAAAAAACACAAUACCCUCUCAAUUCAGACUGUCUUCAAAGUAUAAUUAAAACAAUGCAUUUUAUGGAGUUCAAGUUGUUGGCAGACCAGAAAGGAAAAGCUUGUUCCCAAGAGACUCAUUUUCAAAUCCAAGUUAAGAAACUUCAGACUAACAGAAGUUACAUUCUGUGAUUUGGAAAUGAGUCUCUUGGGAACAAGCUUUUAUUUUCUGGACUGCCAACAUCUUGAACCCAGUAAAAUGCAUGUCUGGCACAUCCUGGGGUUUAAACAUGUCUCCUGCAGCUAAAAAGGCAAUUAAUGUAGAUAUAAUCCUUCCUGUAUUCUUCAGAAAAUGUCUUUUCCUCCGUCGCCAAGGAAAACUUGACUACAAAUUGCUCAAGUCUUACCGUUUUGGCCUUUUUGUAGGAGUCAUGACAUGUGGUGUCUUUGUUGGAAGCCACUCUCAAAAAAGUCUCAUACAGUUCAAGGCUUCACUGGUUAGAUUAACGCUGGUGCAGGUUUAACUCCUUUGCCUUCAGCUAAGUUUCAUCAUGUCUUUAUUCUUAUUGGUCAUGCAGACAGCAGCCAGGACUCCGCCAUCAUCAAUCUGCUGGCCGGCCUGGAGGAUGACGGUUUCUGCAGGACCCCUGUCAGGCAGACCUCCCAGUCCCACCUCUCUCAUCCUGGUACUCAGAGUUACCACUGCAACAGUGACGAAGAGGAGGCGGAGCCAGAGCUGGAGAGGGAAGAGGCGGAGCUUAGCAUGGUAAUGUCACAGCGGUGGGACAGAGAGCCUCCUGAGAGCGCGUCCGUACAGAGGUGAGUCAGACUCUGACAAAUCUCAGUUAAAGUGGCUACGAUACGAUAUGAUAUGAUACGAUACGAUACGAUAUAUGUAUGAUACUGACCCCUUAGGGAAAUUUAUCUUCAUAAUGAAACAAGAAGUCAAAGUUAUAUGAUAGCCGUACAAGUUAAUCUCAUAAUUAUUAUUAUUUUUUUUAUUUAAAGCAUAGUCUCCUUUUCUAUGUAACUGGCAGAAAUGGGCUUUAGUUGAACAGGCAUUAGAAAAAAUCUUCAAAGGAGCAUAGCAUGAGAUCAUGUGUUGUUCAUUAGGUAGCCAUACCUUUGUGUUGAUCAGUCAGUGCUCCUGUGGUCCUGUGUAUGCAGGUGUGCAGCGAAGGAGCCAGAGGAAGACUUCAGUGACGAGCAGCAGGAGUCCUCAGAUGACGACAUGGAGUGGAGCGGGAAUAACUCUCUGUUCGCCAACCUGUCCAUCCCUCAGCUGGAUGGAGCUGCAGACGAGAGCAGCGGUGAGCCAGUCCAUGCUGAGAUAGCUCUUAAAUGUCACUCUGCUCUGACGCAUAUCUGACAUCCUACUGGUCCAUGUUCAAAGAUAUCAGCACAGGGAUCUGACAGCAGCUGCUCACUGACUGUUGCGGUUGAAGCUGUUUGUAUGAUCCUAUUUGAUUAUGAGGGGGAUGUGAUUCAAUCAUAGAGAAGAAGAUGGGACUGUAAUAGAUUUCCCAGCUUUAGUAUCAGUUAUCUGUAAUAAUCAACAUCACUCCGAAAGCAGAGGUUGUUGUGGAGAGAUGGUGAACGGCCUUUGUGUCCCUUUCCUGCAAUAUUAUAUAACUGUUGUUUUACAUUUUGUUCCUUUAAAGGUCAGUGUUGUAUUAAUCUCUGCAAGUGUUACUUCAGUUUCAGUUCAUCAGAAGCAUUUAUUUGGGAAUAUGCCCAAAAAAAGGUAACUUGUGGACAUAUUAUGUAGAUUUUAAGUCAUAUCACAUGAAUGGGAGUGAUGUAGGAGGUAAGCACUGCUGGAGUUCAGUCGUAGGCACAAGACUGCCUGUGGCGUUCCCAAGUUAUCACUGCAGUGUUUGCAGUUUCACAGCCACAGGGUUUGUAGUCAAGACAAGAUGUAAAUGAGCUUCGUAAGAUAUUGAUAAAAACAGAUUUUGAUGGUUUCCAAAGCAUUUCAAGCCUCUCUUUAAUUGAAAAGUAGAGCAAUGACAACAUACCAAAUGAUGAAACUAAAAAAACACAGGCUGCAGCCUCCGGUCCAGAGAAGUCUGUGGGUGUAGAAUUUGUGGAUGCAGUGAUGAACUGUGCUCACAUUCAGUGGUGUUUUGUGUUGAUUUGAGCCAAUGCAGUGACUUUCACUACAGAGUCCUGUUCUCUUUUUAAGCCUAACUUAACUUUUUACAUUUUUUUUAUUUAUUUUGUUAUCAAGUCAAAUUUAAAAUGAGCACAAAUCUUUCAUCAAAUAUAAACCUUUUUUCAAUUUCAACAUAUGACAGGUAAGAUAGAGUAAAAUAGGUAAGAUAAUGAUAGCUUGAUUGACUUUAUUUUCACAUUUUACAGACAGCUUUUAAUGUCAUUGUGUAUUACAAAAGUCAUUUUUUUUCCAAUUCGUUUCCAACAGACCCCCCCCCCCCCCCAAAAAAAAAAACAAAAAACAAAAAAAACAAACAAACAUGAAUCUCUCUAAAAAUAAAAGAAUACACAGAACAUAAUAAAGUACUUUUUACAAUCAAUAAUUCAUUGUUUAGGAUAAAUUGUUCCUUAAAUUAUCCUGAAUUGUUUGUUAAUAAGGGCUUUGAAAUUACCUCCAGUUUUUUCCCCAGUUAAGAAAACGUCACAAGUAAUUUAAAAAACAAUUAAAAGCGUCAAACUAAUGUCUCUUUUCUACAUUAUCUCAUGGUUUUUCUCUUCUAUUGUGUCUGUAGAUUCAUCCCUAACAGACAGCGGCUCCAGGACCCAGUCCUCUCUCGUAGCCACAGAGAAGAUGCUGGUGAAAAGAAACCCCUUCCCCCAGGAGACGAUUCAUCCAGAGCCGCUCUCCUCAGCUAAGACCCUCUUAGAGUUCAAACACUUGGACCACAGGCCAGGACAUGUAUUAGACACAGAGGAACCACAAAGCAAGCACUUUCAAUCAAAAAGCAGCCAGGACAGCAGCAGUGAAUGUUCGACAGGGUUCAAGGUCAAUAAAGAGAUCCCCUACAUCCCCCCUGUCAAACACCCUAUCCCCUGUAAGAUAGCAGACCACCCUGAGGCGCCUCCCAUCUGUGUGAACAAAGAGGACAUACCACCCCUCUACUCAUAUGAGAAGAAGUCCUCCAUAGCUCUAGAUAAAACAGAGCUGGAUAGUUUCACCUUUGGUAACAGGAAGGUCAGUAAGAGCAGGAAGAAGUAUAGCAGCAUGAAGAAUGUCGAGACAAACUGUCUGUCCAUCCUGCAGAACCACAGGACCUUCUCCCUCUGCUACUCCGAGUUGAGGAACUGCUCGGCCAAAACAGAACUGGAGCUGAGUCAGAGGGACAGGAAGAGCCCGCUCUUGAUGAACAUCUCCUCAGCCUCCUCCCCCAUGGACAAUAAAGACGAGUUCCUGGACCCUCAGGAAGAGGAGAUGGGCAGGGACAGCAAGGAGGGGGAUGUUGGUGAGCUUAAAAUCAGGUAUGAGGACUAUCAGGAAAAUAAGACUGAGAGAACAAUAGUGGCCCAGCAGGAAGCUCACUACAAGUUCUUCCCCAGUGUCAUCCUCUCCAACUGCCUCAGCAGGAAGAAGGUGGGGGGCAAGAAGCUGACCGACACCUGCAGCGAGCUGGAGCAGACGCAGACGCUGCCGCGCAGGUCCAGGGUGAAAAUGAACAAAAAGAGGUUGGGCAUGGUGGGAGCCAGGGCUGCAGUCAACACAGGUGUAAGCUCCCCCUCCAACAGCCAGGUGAACUCAGGCCUCACCUCAGGAACACCGGCCAGUCAGGUGAGCGCGGACUCGGAGGUGUCUGAUUCAGGGGACACACAAGCAAUAGAGGCAGAGCCCGUCAAAGAUGAGCAGACCACUACGGCAGAGCCAAUCAGAAAGCAGGAGGCGGAAAGUGAGGCAGGGUCUGGGAACGAAGAGUCACCAUCCGAGCCGAUCACCGUGGUUACCUCUAUCUCCGAAGAUGCCGCCGAGUCAGCAGAGGACAGGUUAAGCCCUCUGCAGGAUCUGUCCGCCAAACUCACCUGCACCAAUCCCUCCUCCCUGCCUGGGAGUAAAUACACCCUGAGGACCAAACGGAAGAUGUAUUACGAUGGCGAGGACGGAGAAUUCUCAGGGGCCACUCGUUCGAAAAACCACACCUCCACCAAGGACCAGCUGAAGGACUCAAACUUGUCUGCCAGUCUGGAUGUCAAAUACCAGAAACGGCGCAAGAAAGAGCCGCCAAUCAUCAUCAAGUACAUCAUUAUCAAUAGGUUCAAAGGAGAGAAGAACAUGCUGGUAAAGAUGUCCAAGGUGAGCUCAGACGAGCAGGUGGUCUUAUUAACACCUGACAAGCUGGCGCAGUACCAGAGACUAGCCCCCCUGAAGGACUUCUGGCCAAAAGUACCAGAGUCCACCGCCGUCAAGUUUCCUGUCACUGGGCCAAAGGUCAAGAAGCACCCCAAGAAAAAAGUAAAGGUCAACUUCACGAACAAGAAAAUAGUCAGCAAACCAUCCGCAGUUCAGGUCAGACAGGGCAAGAGAGCCCGAAAGGUCAAAGGCUGUCAGAGAGGCCUCAACCUCCCCUCCCUGCCCCCCCCUCGGCCUUGUUACUGCGAGCUGGCUGAUGAUCACAGAGCAGAGUACAGUGACGUCAUGGUCGAGUUAGGAUACCUCUCUGAUAGAUACCCCAGCUCUGUGGACUCGACACCGCCUCGAUGUUGGUCCCCGAGCGACCCCGUCAUGGACCCCAGCUUAGAUCAGCUGAUAAACCCACUUAGCGACCCCUGUCUCAGCUCCGCCUUUCUUAAAGAAGACUCCGCGCCUUCAACCAAAGCAGCACAAAGGAGGCGCCAAACUGCCAAACCCAAGAAAAACUCUGACACUAAGAGGAGAGCGAGUAAGACGCCAGAGGAAGAGAAACCCAGGAAGGAAAGACAACAAGGAGGCUGUGGUGCUGCUGCCAGGCAGAGGAAGAGAGCUAAAGAGGGAGCUGAAGGAUCUGAAAGCAGCUCCACGACUCCCACAAGGACAAGGAAGCCCCGCAGCAGGAAGAAGAGCGAGGAACCAAAGAGCCAGGAUGAGUCCCAGCUCCUGUUCCAAGAGGAUAAGGUGUCUCCAUCUAAAGGUUCUACUCAGGAGCUCCCUCUAUCCCAGCAGCCCAGGAGCUCAGAUAGAAAGAGCCAGAGCAGUUCCCAAAAUGCAUCUGUGUCAAACUGUAACCCAGCCGCCCAGCCCGUGGAGCUAAAGAUGGAGGACUGUGAGACAUCCAUCAUGGAGGUCAAUCAAAGUCUGUCAGUGCAGGUUCAGCUCAGGCAGCAGGGCUGUCAGACCCACGUGGUGAAGAUGGAGCCUUCACAGGAGGAUUCAGCUCAUCAGACUCCUCGGACUCCUCCAUCUCUGAAAGACAAAGUAUCCUUAGCUCCUCCAAACUCAGGCCCUAAAAACGGAGAGACCCCUGCCCUCUCAGAGACCCCGUCUGGUUUAGCCGUCCUAAAACAGCUCCUCCAGAGACGGCAGCAGGGACAGGCUCUUCCUCUGCAGGCAGUCGGUACAGACAGCCACACUGCCACCUUUGAUAAGACCAUGGCUCCGCUGGAUCCAGCAAACAAAGCAACCAAAGCAAAAAGAGCUCCCGUCGCUACCACUCCUCGGAAACCCAGGGCCCCAAAACCCACCGCCUCAAAAGAGAAGAAGCCAAGGGUCUUGAAAGGCAAGGCAAGCAGCACCCAGCCUGUGUCGGUGAAGCCGGAAGGCAGCCUGUCAGAUGACUUCCCCGUCUUCCUGUCAGACCCCGGCAUGGACAGCUGCAACUUCAUCGAGGACAGCCUGUCUCCUGAGCUGCCCCAUAACUACAGCUUCGACAUUAACGCUAUCGAUCAGACCGAGUUCUCCAGCCCCUACAGCGGCAACCAGUUCGUCCUGACCGAUAAGAUCCUUCCUGUCAAGUUUCUGAGUGACGUCAGCCAGGAGGCGGUCUCAGCUCAGGCGCCAGGCGUGGAGAAGAAGCUGGACUGGCACUCAGGAUCUGGAGAGGACUCAGACAAACCGAAACCUGCUAGCCCUGAUCUUUUUGACAGAACGGAUAAUGGGGAGUGUUUACCGAACCAUCGCGCUCUCCUGGACUCAGAGAAGGUGAAGAGCAGAGACUGGGACUUCUCUCUGGGUAAAGCUCAUACUCUCAGCCCCUUUCAGGAUUUUCACUGUGAGCGGAAAGAGCUGCUCUUCUCCGUCUUCGACCCCGUCCUGCCUUUGCCUCUAAGCUCUGCCUCGCUGGUCAACCAUGACGGCUCAUCGACAGGAGAGCCUCUGGAGGGCAUCGAUGGGCUAACCUCCACAACGCCCAGCAGCUCUCCACGCUCCAUCAGCUCUCUGUCCCAGGUGAGGGCCAGCCAGCUGCUGCGGGGGACAGGAGGCGGAGCCCACAUCCUCAAGCCCCUAAUGUCCCCCCCAAGUCGGGAGGAGAUCCUCAGCACCUUGCUGGACCUGGAGAUGUCAGAGGCCACCUUCCAGGAGCCCUUCUUCAGCAACCCCUCUGAUGCACCAGGGAAGCCAAUGUAGGAGUGACAGCCUUAGCUGCCCAAGCUUAUUACUAAUUCAUCCAAUGUAUUAAUCAUGUCAUGUGAUAGCAUGCAAACAGGUUCAUGCACAUAGAUUAACAUGCAUCUGAAAUCAUGAAUCUAAGAAUUGGAAAUGUGUUGGAAAUAGGGCUGGGCGAUAAAACGAUAACGAUAUAUAUCAAAACUUAAUUUCCGUCAAUAUCAAUAUGAAACAUGGUCAGUAUCCUUUUCAAUAGCCGGCAUUCUGCCAUGUUUUGGUAGACUAUAGGGGAGUUGCUCCAUGUCCGCUUCGCACUGAACCAAUCGUGCUGACUUAGAACCAAGUAGCAAACAACUGCGUAGUAGCAGGCUGCAGCUACACGCAACCAUAGCACUUUAAAAGGUGAGGCCGACAGCACUGUCAGUGAGAAAUAAAGAAAAUGAGUGCUACCCCUGACAGAAAUGCAAAUUUUGGUAUUUUGGUUUUUUGAGGUCGGACAUGGAGCAGAGUAAUGUGCACUGCAAUUUAUGUCAAGUACAUGCUCUCGCAAAGUCGGGGAAUACCUCAAAUCUUUUUUCACCACCUUAAGCAGUGCCACGCGGCAGAGCAUGCGCAACGCAAAAUGUUUCAAACCCCGAACGGAGCAAGGAGCCCAUGGCGCCUGUGCAGCCGAAACAGCCGACCAUUCAGUUUGCUUUCUGUAGCGCAACGCCUUACGACAAAACGUCCAAGAGACACAAAGACCUCACAGAUGCAGUAACUUAUUGUAUUGCAAAAGACAUGCUACCAAUAAGCACUGUUAAAUUUCAUUUUUUAUAUCAUGGUAUAUAUCGAUAUCGACUGAUAUGAAAAAAAAUAGAUCGUGAUAAAUUUUUCCCAUACCGCCCAGCCCUAGUUGAAAAUAUUAUUUUAUGCCUUUUUUCCACUUCAGUGUUUUGUGUCAUAAUUUAGCCAGAUCGAACGCACUUAAUCUUAUUACUUGUUACUGGUUGGUUGAAAGCAAUACACCAUCAUUUGUACAACAAGGAGUUUGCUUCAAAUGUUCAAACAAAUAUUUAAAAAUUAUCUGUGUUAUUUGUAAGUGGCAUGUCAACAUAAACAUGAAAUCAUAAUGCUGCUAAACCAUACCACUAUUUUCAAACACUUCAUAAAAAUACCAUCUGAUUUAUGCAUGAAACUUGUUGUUGCAUUUUGAAGCUGUGAUGAAUUUCUGAAACUUUGAUCCAUAUAAUUAAAGGAAUUACAUCCUGUGUUUUCCUCAGGGAGGUGGGCACCCGUAAGCUCACGGUGGGUACCAGACUGGCAAAGGAGCUGCCAGAGUUCGGUGGAGACUUGGCUCAGGAGGGUCUCCAUUUCUGGCAAACAGCGUUCUCAGCCAUGGCACAUCCUGCUACCACCGUCACCUCAUCCCCACAAAAAAGAGGGGCCAAGUCCUCAGAGGAGGGGAAAGAUCAUACCAAGCUGAACCCUUUCUCAGAUGGCGACAAAAUGGUCAUCCUGUUGCCCUGCAGAAGCCCACCCAGCAGGGAACGGGUGCAGCUGUGGCUAGAGGCUCGUAGGCAGUAUGAGAGUUUACAGAGAGGGCUGCAGAGGAAAGGUGUGGUUGUGGAGGGACAGCAGGAGAAGCCUGAGCCUCCAGCGGUGAAGGUGGAGCUGUGUGAGCAAGCCUCUAGCAUCAAGAGCCAGAGGAGAAGGAAACAUCACCUGUCCUUAACCCUGACUCCUGUGAGGAGUACAGACCUCCACAGCCAAUCUACAGAAGUCAGCCCAGAGUCAGAGGACAGAGGAACUGAUAUCGAAGGAAGAGAAAAGAAUGAAAAUAAUGAUCUAGAUUCUCCGGAGCUGCCAAGCUGGCAACAGUCCGCUCAGUCCAGCCCCUCAGGACCAGAAUGGCUCAGCAACAGACAGAACUCUCCAGAACCACAGUCCCCCCAGCUCUCCACCUCACCACAGAGAGCAGGGGGGAGUCUCAGCUCCUCAAUCAUCCAUGUUCCUACAAAGGAGGAGGGUAGGACCAGUCCGUUCCCCCUUUCCAGCACACCCUUUCUAAGGAGGCGGCGGAGGAGCAAAGAAGACCUGGAGCCAGUGUGCAGCACUCCCAUAUCUGGAGGUAAGAAAGGUGGGGUUUGACUGUGUCUGCACCACUAACGUUUAACAUACACCACUGUUUAUAGUGAGAAAUAUAACAUAUGAAAUAUAACAUUUUGAAAGUCUGUUACCUGUGCAGUCACCUCCUCUCUGUUUUCAGCAGAGCCUGUUUCCCAGCGACUCCAGCAGAGGAGGAGGAGUCAAGCCGACCCUCUGAGGAGAGUCUUACUGAACACACAGAUGAAGGUCAGAUCAUCUCUGCUGACUUCAGACCUACCGUUCAUCUACCCUGAUCAGAAAAAUACAUUUAUCAUACAGAUACCUUCUCUGACUUUUCCUGUUUCCCUUUAAAAAAAAACGAUCACAGUCUUCUUGUCUGUUUUUCAUUCAUAGAACCAGUUUGCUGCUUUGAAGAUGCCAAAGAAAGAGACGUCUCAGAUUGAAGGGCCCAGUAUAGCGAACUCCUACGGCUUCAGAGUCAGCAUGCAGAACUUGCAGGAGGCCAAAGCUCUACAUGAGGUGAGCUGAAUGACACCAUCCCAGCCUCUCUUCGGACUAAUUCAACAUGCUAGGCUAGAGAUGUUCAGUAUUCAGUUUGAAGUUAUAAACCAGGGAUAAUGUAAGAUAGAUUAAAGUCCUGGUCUUUUUUUCUACACUAUCAAAUAAUCAAUAUUGAUUAGAAAUGAUUUAUGACUUGAAGCGAUCAUUUCAGUUCAUGGCUCAUGUUUCUGUCCUCACCCCUCAGGUCCAGUACCUCACCCUGAUGGGCAUGGAGCUCCAUGCGAGAUCUCGCCACGACCUCGAGCCCGACCCUGAGUUUGACCCUAUAUGUGCCUUAUUUUUCUGCCUGAGCUCAGAUGCUCCGCUGCCAGACGAGGACGGCAGCCAGCUGACGGGCGCCAUCGUGGUGGACAAAGACCAUCAGAGCUGUGAGCAAGGUAGAAACCAACAAUAUCUGAGGGGGACUGAUGGAAAACCUCAAUGUUAUGUUUCUGUAAAUUUCUACAUUCCCUGUUGUUUACCUGUUGAAAUAGACGAUUAAUGACAAUAUAAUCAUAGACCCACUGUUAUGUGCACUAUUCUUUUUCUUUGAAAUCAGAAAAAAUUGCUUGAGUUUUCUUAUUUACUUGUUUUGCCGAUCUCUAAAGCAUCUGGAAUUAAAUAUAAAAAUCAGUCAGUCCUGCCAUGAUGAGCGUGUUUUUAUGCCUCCAGCAGGUCAGACAAGAACAGCGCCCCUGCUGGUCAGGUCGGGCAUCUCAGGGCUGCAGGUGACGUAUGCCGCUGAUGAGAAGGAGCUGUUCCAGGAGCUGGUCACCAUCAUUAGGAGGUGUGUGUUCAGGGUGUUUCUUCAGCUCUUAAGACCCAUAUGUGUGUUUCACAAAAGCAGACAGUAUAUUUCCAUAACGUUUUGCAUGUCUGUGAUUACAACUCCAUGGUAUUGCUCCUAACUGUCCAUCUCUGGCUCUAUUGUGUGUGUGUGUCUGUCCUGGCAGGUACGACCCAGACAUCCUGGUAGGCUAUGAGGUCCAGAUGCAGUCCUGGGGUUACCUCCUGCAGAGAGCCUCAGCGCUCGGGGUCAACUUGUGUCAGCAGCUGUCUCGAGUUCCAGGUACAAUUAAGACCAUACAGCUGUUUCUGUUUUUAUUCAUGUAUUACACAACAUCCCACCCCUAUUUGAAUAGGGGUUUGUAUUCCCACACUGAGAUGGUUUAUAGUCGUCCAAAAUUGCUCCAUGUUUAAAAGAGAAAGUCACGUUUUCAUGCUGCAUCUGAAACUUUUCCUGUCGUCUUUGGUUUUCUGUGUAUUCUAUGUCUGACUGAUGAGCUCCACACUGUGCUGUGAAAAAAUAUGGACAACCGUGAUCCUAUCUGGAUAUCCACAGAUCCAGCUGUCCAAGCACACUCUUCCAAUCACACAUUUUGGUUUAUUUGCUUGUGUCCCUCCAUCAAACACACUGGCAGUGGUUCUUAAUGUAUGGUCUCAGUUUGGCUGGAAUAAUAUCAAUCUGAACUGCUGACAUCCUGGAAUAAACCUGCAUGUGAUCAAACUGCAGCUGCUUUCUCAGCUGGUGAAACUCUCCUCACUCUCAUCUUGUAUUCAGGAGCAGGUGAAGCUGGUGUUUUUGUUUUUCUUUUCCCACAAAAUCCCCUUCACAGCUUGAUGACUUUAAUUUUUGCAAAGUUAAUUUUUCAGAAAAAGGGUGUGUGUGACAUUUAAUUAUCAGAGACCAGAUCUGAAAAUGCGUCCAAAAAACACAGCUUUAGCAAAGCCCUUUACCCACAGAAAUGUCAACUACCAAGGGGUUUUGACUAAUCUCACAGUCUAUAUAACAUUAUUAAGGACAGACUGGAGACUCGAGCUUUCACAGAUUUAACUUGAGACCAGUUUAAACAGGUCAGCUCUUUCAACAGGGUUGAGUGUAAGGCAGCAGUGACACACAGGUUUGUGAUGGAGGUCAAAUAAAUCUGAUGGAGAUGCUCAGGUGGGCCGUGACCCAAGAGGUGUUUGUUUGUUUGUAUCACCUACUUAUAUGUUAUCACACUCUGAAUACGUCUGCUUUGUUGAGUUCACUUUGAAAGCUCUCUGCACUCUGAUUCAUGAUCUUUGAUAUGACCACAGCUGCAGCUCAGCUUUCUGUGCCACAUAAAGGAAAAAUCCAUUCAUCCAUAUUUUUCGUUGUUUAGUUUUGAGUUGCAUAUUGAACAUGUGCAGGAAUCUAUUCUGGGUAUUAUCAACCAUUGAUUGGUUGUGACAGUUUGAGGAAAAAGUCUGUCUGACACCAACGGUGUGUGUGUGCAGCUUUUUUUCCCCUUAAAGCUAAAGUUUGUUCCUGAGCAGCUUGCCUUGUCUUUCUUGUUGAAGAAAAUCCUAACACCCAGUUUAAAGUAAAAAGUAUGUGUUUGUAUGUUUGUGUGAAUGCUGUGAGUUCCUGCAAAUACAAACAUGUGGCCCUUUUAUGUUUUAGCUGCUCUUGGAAUCAGGAGAAAAAUGUACUAAAAGGCCCCAAACACAUAAAAACCACAGCAGGUUAUUCAAAUGGAAAAACAACAAAUAUGCUCAGAAAAUAGACAAACCACACAACGUAUACAAUUUUAAGAAUAAAUCCAAAGCCAAAUACAAGGCUGUGAAAAUGCCUUUGGAAAGUAUGGAAAAAUCCAAGUCCUCACUCAGAGGAGGAUAACUUCAAACACCCAGUUGAUGUCCAGGAAGCUGAAUGUCAUAAUUCUGUCAUCUCCUCUGAUCAAAGGUGUUAGCGGUUAAUCAGAGGAAAGCUCUUUUGUUACAGAGAGCUUCCCUCUGACUGUUUUCUGUGUGUAUUUGUUGUUUUUCCAUUUGAAUAACCUGCUGUGUUUCUUUCUGGUGCGUAUAAUUGCCUAAAAUUGAUUGUAGCUGGUACAUGGACAAGGCCACCUUGCAGUGGUUGAUUUGCAGACCUUGUUUGAGGACUCUUACCUGGUCUCUCUUCUGUUUUCCCCUUUUAGUACUUUGUGUGUUUUUGUAUGCGAAUCAGCUGAAUGGAGAGCCUCCAGUGGUUCCUGGUUCUCCUUUGUAAUUGGCUGCCUGUCUGGCUCUCUUCCUGUCCUCAGUUGACUCCAAGGAGAACCACUUCGCUGCAGAGAGGGACGAGUACGGAGCCGACACCAUGACCGAGAUCAGCAUCAUUGGACGCAUCACCCUCAACCUGUGGAGGGUGAUGAAAACUGAGGCAGGUUUUCCCACAUGAGCUGUAACCCUCACACACACACACACACACACACACACACACACACAUGCACACACACAAUAACCAUCAGCACUGGAUGUUAAAGUUUGUGGCCCACUUUCUCGCUCCUUUGGUCCUUUCACAAGACAAGAUGCUCCUCCAAGUUCCCCCUUCCUCUUUUCCACCUGAUUGAAACCUGUUUUUUAGUGGACUAUAUUGUAUAAUUACCACAUUACAUUGAGGAAAAUAAAACAGUCCUUGUAAUAAGCAUUAUUUACAGUUAAUAAGUCAGUUACAAGAUGAUAUAAGGCACUUAAAAACAUUAACAAAUGUUAUUGUGUUAAUAAAAGCAUUUUUUACAGCUUAAAACAGACUUACAGGCUUCAAUUAGAGACGUGUCAGCAAUUAAUAUAGCUGUCAUAAAUACCAAUAGGAUGUUAAUUAACAUUAAUUAGACUUCAGAAGUGUUAAUCAAAGAUUAAUUAUAUAAAGGAAAUUUCUUGAGCCUGGAUUGUGACCUGUUGUAACCACACAAUUGAUAAUUGCCUGGAUCUCUGUGUUUAAUUCAGCUGUCUGUUUGGUUUUGUUUUGAUUUGUUGGUUUGUAUUUGUACUUGUUGAUUUUAUAUGUUAUUGCAAAUAUUUGUGAUAUUAUUUAUUUACUGUAUUAAUUAGGAAACAUCAAUAAACAUUAUGGGGGAAAAGAAAAGAUUAAACUGUACCAGUUUAACCUUUUUAAGCAGACACAGCCCACAGAUAACUUGUUCGAGUUAAAAAUACUGACAAACCAUGCCACACUGAGACGUCUUCUCUCACAUGUCUUUUUCUACAGUUUGGAUAAAUCAUAUUAACAACAUUUCGAUCAUUUAUAGACGACAUUUUAGUUCUUUGAGAACAUGUUAAACAAUUAAUUCAACAGACCUGACCUGGAGGUGUGAGGAACCCACAAAGGUCAUAAAAUAAUUUUAAAAAAUGACUUGUUAACUUAAAUCCAUGUUUUGUUUUUUGUGUGUACUUUUACAUCUUUGUAGUUUCUAAUAAUGUUCUCCAAAUGAACAUGUGAGGUCAAACUCUAAGCAUCAGAGAUACAAUAGUAAAUCUUUUAAACUGUGUGUUAAUUUUUUCCUCUAGGUGACGUUGACCAGCUACACCUUUGAGAACGUCGCUUUCCACGUCCUCCAUCAGCGUUUUCCCACGUACAGUCCUCGAAUGCUGUCCGACUGGUUCGACCACAAUACCGACCUCUACAGGUCAUAUAACACUCAGAUGCAAUCCAACAGGGAGAUAAACAAGGCUGACUUGAAACCUUGUUUAUUUUUCUUUUGGAUGGUGUGAUAUCUUUUUAAACCUCACACCACACUCUCUCAAUCUUUAUCUGCAGACCUUGACCCUGAAUUUUUCAAAUGUGUGUGUUUGUACGUGUGUGUGUAUGUCAGGUGGAAGAUGGUGGACCACUACGUGAGCCGUGUGCGGGGCAGCAUGCAGCUCCUCCAACAACUCGACGUCGUGGGCAAAACCAGCGAGCUUGCUCGAGUGUUUGGGAUUCAGUUCUUUCACGUCCUGACCCGAGGCUCACAGGUACCAACACACAUGCAAAGAUCGAAUUCUCAUCCAUCUUUAGUAAAAGACACAUAAUCCCCACGCAGUCCUGAUAUUCUCAAAAGAACUUUGUAAGAACGGCAAGGGUCAAUCAUAGAAAAUAUGACAUCAUAUCCUGUUUUUAUAACUCCUAUUAACUUUUUAAAAUACAAAAAUAUGUUUAUGAUUUAUUCAGUUUAUAAAGUCCCUACACAACUCAAUUUUUUUACUGGAGGAGGCGGGGUUAUGACCUAUACUGCAACCAGUCACCAGGGGGUGCCGUUCUCGAUGACAUCCUAUAGAUAUACAGUAUAUGUUGAAGACAGUAACAGUGAUGUUUAAAGGCUGCAGAUCAGAUCAGUCUAUGAUUCAGAUUGGACUGAAAUAUAACUCUAACCUGAUGUUAUGCUAAACAGAUGGUUUAUAACAGGGCUGGAUUAGAAAUAACAAGAUGAGCAUCUAAAGAAUAAGAAUUUUAAAUUACAGCAUUAUGACUUAACAACUUUUUAGGCGUCACUGACACUUGGGAGAUCAAAUAUAACAAGCCAGUAAUUUAACGUUAGGUUUACUUCGCUAAAAUUUGUCCUGUCUCUGCUUUGUGUCUCCUCAGUACCGCGUUGAGUCCAUGAUGCUGCGUACAGCCAAGCCACUGAACUACAUUCCAGUGACGCCCAGCAUCCAGCAGCGAGCUCAGGCCAGGGCGCCGCAGUGCAUCCCUCUAGUGAUGGAGCCAGAGUCUCGGUUCUACAGUAACUCAGUUAUCGUGCUGGACUUCCAGUCGCUUUAUCCCUCCAUCGUCAUCGCCUACAACUACUGCUACUCCACCUGCCUGGGCCACGUGGACAGCCAGGGAACGUAAGGACAUAACAGACCCACAACCACAGCACGUUCACCAGGCAGGAAAGACAGCGCAGAGCAGAUUCACUAAGAGCUCUGCAUGCUGCUCACAGCCCAAGCAGCCAGCGCUCAUUUCAGGAUGGAUUUUAAUGUGUGUUUUUUUUAAAGGGUUUCUGUAGUUGCAUAGCAACAGCAGCAAGCCUGAGCACAUUCCUCGAACAGUAUAAGUCAAAUAUUCCACGGUUAGAGAAAUACAAAUAGACAGCUUCAUGCUCUCUCUGAAAGUUAGCAGGGUGGAAAUUUAAGGAGUUUAACAAAAAAACAUCUCCAGCAGCUGUGAUUGGUUUAUUUAUUCAGGGCUGUUUCAAACAAAGCUGUUAGCCAUUCAAUUUUUGGUGAUCAAAGCAAAUUACACGAACAGGACCAGGACCACAACACAAAGUGGAGGGGUUCGGUUAAACAGUGUAGGGAUCAUGAUCGACAUAAUUAUCUCUGCAUAAAAAAUAGUCCCUCUUGAUUCCCUGAUUGUUAAAAAAUUAUGUCCCUGAAGUCAUUUAGACCCUGUAACAUGCAAAAGUAUGUCCGAGUCAUUUGAUUUUUAUAUAUGUAGCACCAAAUCACAACAAUCUUUGUCUCAAGAAUCAUUCCAAUAGAGCAGGUCUAGACCAAACUCUUUGUUUGAUAUAUUACAAAGACCGAACCUCAAGAUGGGAAAAGAUUGAUUUCCAUCUAGAAAUAAGAUCCAUUCUUAACCCGUCUUGAACCAAUGUGAGUUAAGCACUUUGGAGUGUUUAGCAAGUUAUGGUGACAGGGGCAAACUUCCCUUUAGAGAGGGUGAGGGAGAGCAGGAGAGUGGGAGGGAGACAUCAAUGGUGUGUUUGCACCAAGCAGUCCAAUUUGGUUCACUCCAGUUUAGUCCAGUUUGGUUCAGUAAACCCUAGUCUUUGUGCGACUGUGCUCUACCCUGGCACUGGCAUGAUGGGCUUGAAACAAUUUGAAAAGCAUCCAGUAAUGAAACACACAAACACACAGCUGAUGCAGGGCAAAUGCUGCCCUCAGUUAAUUAUUUUUUGGAGUAUAAUAGGCUGAGAUCCAAACGGCACACACCAAAGGUCUGAAUGGACCAAUCUGUUUACACGCACAUCAUAAUUUAAAGUGAAAGACCCCCCCUUGUUUUCCUACAAAGCUUUAAUUUCUGGAGGUGUGCCCAUGACGGUCAUUUAGUGACUGAAGUCAUUUGCACAGUUCUCUUAUCUGAGCUUGCAGUGAUUGUUAAAAAAAAGUUGUUAUAAUUCCAAAAGAAUCAGGUACAGAAAAUACUCCUUCUUCUCCCUCUGUGAUCCCUCUCUCUCUCUUCCUUUGCAGCAUCUCUGUUCAAAUCAGACAUCUGUUUUUUUAGAAGCCCUUUAAGGGAAUUAAAAUAUACAGAAGAAGAAUAAUUAUGUCCCCUUUAUGGUGGAAACACUGUAACCCUCCUGUCUUUGUUUCAGGCCUGAUGAGUUUAAGUUCGGCUGCACCUCCCUGAGGGUUCCUCCUGAGCUCCUCUACCAGCUUCGCAAUGACAUCACAGUGUCGCCAAAUGGCGUAGCCUUUGUGAAGGUAAGGCACCCUCUGACCUCACCUCACACUUCUCCUCUCCCUUAAGACCCCUUCUCCUGAGCUUGCUCUUCCCUCUCAAAGUCCUUCAGCUGCUUCAUCAGCCACAAUCAGCUCCUCUGCAGAAAACCCUCCCCAUACUCCACGCUCCACUUCCUUCAUUCAUCCUUUUUAUUCAUUCACUCACUCUUCUCUUCCCAGGCCUGCAGUUAUGUAACACUGAGCACAAACACACACUAAACACACACACUCAGCCGCACACACAGUCAAUGGCUGCAGUGUGCUGAAUGCUGGUUUGUAGGGAGGUUAUUUAAAGACACAAGAUGUAGUCAGGUUUGUUCAGCCUCAGAUUCAGACUGUCUAUGUCUUAACGGAGGUGGAAACCAGCUGAUGUUUAAAGCUGACUGUUAGAGUGAUUUGAAUUUAUGAUAAAUUUGAUAAUAAUCUCAAAUUAUGUCAUUUUUGUCACGUUUUAAAAGGGGCCUCACCCACCUUUUAGUAGUGAUCCGAUAUGAUACCAGACGAUACAAUAACAUAGGGCAAUACGAUGCAAUACAAUACAAUAAAAUACGAUACGAUACAAUACGAUGCGAUACAAUAUGAUAUGAUACGAUGCGAUACGAUACAAUACGAUACAAUACGAUACAAUACUGUACGAUACGAUACAAUACAAUACAAUACUAUACGAUACAAUACAAUUCUGUACGAUACGAUACAAUACGAUGCAAUGCAAUACGAUACAAUACAAUACUAUACGAUACUAUAUGAUGCGAUGCAAUACGAUACAAUACAAUACAAUACUAUAUAAUACAAUAAGAUACAUAACAAUACAAUGUGAUGCGAUACGAUACAAUACACUUUAUUGUCCCACUAGGGAAAUUUUCUUGGACUCCAAGAGCUGCACAGAUGUGGGAAAAGAACAAAAGUUAAAUUGGGAAACUAAGCAUUUUAACAAUAUUAAAUCAAUCUCAUAUCUAAAGCUUGAAUUCUCAUUUCAAAAUUCUGACUUCAUUUCAAAAUGACCAAAUCAUGAUUUUCAGAUUUUAGAAGAUGUGCACCAUGCUGAUGUUAUUUUGUAUCAACCAUUUUAGAUCCAGACUCAUGAUCCGCAUGUUGAUUUUUAGUCCUCAGUCCGGAAAGGAGUCCUGCCCUGCAUGCUGGAAGAAAUCCUGAGCACCAGGAUCAUGGUGAAGCAGUCCAUGAAGGCCUAUAAGGAAGACAAAGCCUUAAUGAAACUGCUGGGCGCUCGGCAGCUCGGACUCAAGCUCAUCGCCAACGUCACCUUUGGGUACACCGCUGCCAACUACUCUGGACGCAUGCCGAGCGUGGAGGUGAGCUCCUCACAGUGAGGAAGAAAGAGGGUGGCAGUCUACAGUCUACUGAGUCCUACCAGACCUCAAAGACUAGGACUGCGGCUUAGUGCUGGUUCUGUGCUUUGAUAGAAAAUAUUAAUCUCAUAAUAUAGACUUUAUGAAUAUUUUUGGGUUGCAUUGCGUUUAACUCAAAUGACCCAGACCAUGGAUUCUUUUCUAUUUCUUGAAAAAUUAGCGCUCACCAAACAGCUGAACUAGUAUUUCAUAAGAGGGUUGUCAUUUCAGGCUAUACUAUUAAAUCAGUUUUUCCAAAUGUUUUACUUUCUCAUCAGUCACACUUGUAUAAUAAUCCUUCAUGAUUUAUUUUGCUUCAAAUGUAGUUUGUUUAUCUCGCCUCUGUGGUUCUCAGGUUGGAGAUAGCAUCGUUCACAAAGCCAGAGAAACCCUGGAGAGAGCCAUCAAGCUGGUCAACGACACCAAAAAGUGGGGAGCAAGAGUCGUGUACGGAGACACUGACAGGUGAGCUGUUUCUUCUUUCUCUCUGAUGACUGAUACAGAUCCAUAUCAGCCUGAAGCAGCUUCAGCUUCUAAAUCUCAGCCUGCAUUUGUUUUGAAGGCUGAUCUGUGGAGGUGACGCUGCUCUGUGCUGGCAUCACUUCUUCUUUUCUGUUCCUGUAGUGUUUCAGUUAGAGAAGGUGUGAGUUUUUAAACCACAGGAAUGGACUUUUAUCUGUUUUACAAUUUGUUAAAGGAAAAAUAUCCCAGCAGCGAAAUUUGAAAGUAAGAUAAGUUGAUGAUGGUAAGGUAUUUUAAUCCUUUAGGUUGCUUUUCUCAAGAAAAAGGAGGGUGGGAGCGAGGUUCUACUUGUUUUUGUGCAGUUGAAUUUAAUGCAUUUUAUUGAAUCUUUUGCUAACUAACAGUUUGUACAGUUGACUUUUAAAGCCACUGUACUAUUCUGCAUUGCUCUGGGUUUCAGCCGUGCAGCUUUCAAAAAUGUUAUUGUGAGAGAUUCAGCAGGAUAUAUCAGAAACAAAUCCACGUCUCUCACUUAAAAUCCUAGGUUGCAUUUGUAGAGCUGAUGAUGCAAAACACGAAUUGACAAUAAUGAGUUUGUUUUGUAUGUGUUUGCAGCCUGUUUGUAUUACUGAAAGGAGCCACCAAAGAGCAGGCGUUCAAGAUUGGUAAUGAUAUUGCGGAGGCAGUGACUGCAACCAACCCAAAACCUGUCAAGCUUAAGUUUGAGAAGGUAACACACACACACACACACACACACACACACACACACACACACACACACACACAAUGCACUUUUUUCCUCACAAGCUCUACCAAAGUUUAGCCAUACUUUAAUAGCCUAUCUGUGUGUGUGUGAUGUUGCUGUCCCCGACUUGCCCUGAUAUGAUUUUAUUUGGUAGGAUCUCCAUCAGCACUGCUUGUCCUCCAUUGAAGUUUUACAGAAGCACUGGAGAAAAUAACAGAUUGAUAAUUGACAAGAAACAAAACAAGGGACUGACAUUAUCUGACUGCCAAACAUACAAACAGAGACAGACAAAGGAGGGUGAUCAGAAUGAUAAAGCCAAGAGAACACUAAAUGAGGAUCACCUAAAGUGGAUUCAUUUUUCAAUAAAUACUUACCGCCACUUGGAUAAUUAUUAUUAGCUGGGCAUUAGAUAUUGAUAUUUACUUUUAGGUAUAUUCAUUUGCAUUUUUACGUACGUUUGUAGGUAUUUGUAGGUAAAUUUGUAGUAUUUUUGAGUAUAUUUAUUGGUAUUUUUUAAUCUAUUUUACAUCAUGUUCAAUACCUUGCCUCUGAAACAAAUGUUUAUUUUUACACAUCAUAUGCAAUUCUUUGAGUUUUGUAUUAUUAUUAUUAUCAUAUUUUUAAAACCAUAUAAGGGUUAUAAUGAAAUACUUCUGAAAUGCAUGAUAGAAAAUAACACAACAAAGAGGAGAAGGAAGAGGCAGCAGGUAUUUGAAACCCUGUUUUCUACUUCAAAGUCAAAAGUUACUGAGCAGGGCUAUGAGUUCUACAGAAGCUGAGGAGACGUGUACCAUAUUAACAACAAAUGCACCUCGGUUAAUUAUCGAGGGGGGGGGGGGGGUAUGUGCAUGUAUCCAGAAGUGUCGCUGCAUGUGUAACAUAUACACUGUAGUGAAAUAAUCACACUGGCACAAAUCCCGCUCCGUAGUGUCAGUCUGUGCUGAGUUACACCUUCAUCUCCAGGUGUCAAUCAGAGCUAAUUAGGGAUGUGUGUGUCUGUAUGUGUUUGUGUGUAUGUGCGUGCUUUUCCAGGUGUACCUUCCCUGUGUGCUGCAGACAAAGAAACGGUAUGUGGGUUACAUGUACGAGAGUCUGGACCAGAAGGAGCCUGUGUUUGAUGCCAAAGGGAUCGAGACAGUGCGCCGUGACGGCUGCCCCGCUGUUUCCAAGGUAACAGGCAAACUGACCCUCCUCCCUCUCCCAUCAGAGCAGUUCUGGUUUCUCUUAGAGGGUUUUUAAAAGUCCCCUUAUUCUACUUUGACAGAUAACAUGAAAGAAAAUAAGUUACUGUACAAUCACUGAUCACAAAAAACAACAACACAAAAAAGGUCCAAUCAGAAAGUGAGAAUAAGUCGCCAGAUUUAUGUAUUAGAGUUUCUGUAUCACUCUCUCUCUUUGGCCAUCUCCUCCCAGAUCCUGGAGCGCUCCAUCAAGCUGCUCUUUGAGACUCGGGACAUCAGCCAGGUGAAGCAGUACGUGCAGCGUCAGUGUAUGAAGGUCCUGGAUGGCCAGGCCAGCAUGCAGGACCUGACCUUCGCCAAGGAGUACCGAGGCAGCAGCUCGUACCGACCCGGGGCCUGUGUACCCGCCCUGGAGCUCACCAGGUCUGUGUGAAUAUGAUAAAAAAAGAUAGAGAAAGAACAACAGCACACUGUUAGAGGGAAAGGUUACCCUUCACCAAAGAUGAUUCUCAGUGACGGCCUCAGGUCAAAUAUCAAAAAAUCAAGAACUGGAAUCUGGUUGUUAACUGUUGUGCAUCAAAAGGGAGAAAAUCAGCAAUGUCCAUGACGUCUAACUACCCGAAACGAUAAGUAAGGGACAAUUCUGCUCAGGAUUAAAUGCAUCCUUGUUUGAAGUGGUAUGUGACAUUUUCUUCGGGUUGGAGAAGUGCGUCAGCCUCUCGUUUUUUUUUGCUGUUUGGCCCAAAUACCCAGCUUGGCCCUAAACACAUCGUAUUACUUGUAAGAAUCUAAAAGAUGCCAUAUUAUUUUUAUAAGGAUUCAAACUUAACAAUCUCUUUGUCAUCGAUGAACUGUCCAUAUAUGAUCAACCCUUUAUUGUACCAUGUCUUAAACAAACUUUAGCCUCUGUUUGGGGUAAAGUCAGGGUCAUUCCUUAUUUCUCUUCAUGUAUCAUUAUUUAGCCAUGAUUGUAAAGUUUGUAUCUGGGCUGCAUUAUAGUAGUUAAGCAGUCCGUGUAUUAUCCAUCCAUUCAAUUAUUCCAUUCAAUCUAGUAAACAAAAAACGAAAAAACAAGUCAAUAUUUUGUUUAUUUGUUUUUCUAUAUAACCAAAAAAAUAAAAGAUUAGUUUUUGUUUUUGUAUUUUCAGUUCAAAACAGAAUAUAUAAAAGAGAAGGAAACGAAAACAAAAUAAUAAAUCUACUUUUUGUUUUCGGGUUAUUGAUGACCCCAUUUUCCAUGCUGCCUUUCUACUAUUCGCACAUGCACAUUGCACAACAGAGUAGCCAACAACGUGGACCAAAAACUGACCAGAGCGGUAGAGAAAGGCUAACCUGCUGUCAUGGAGAUGGACGCAUCCUACGUAUUAUUCAAAGCCGCCAGGAGGGUCAAGCUGAAGGAGGAAGAUAUGACUGUAGAAAAAAUUACAACCAGAGCUCUGUUACAACGUAAGACUUUGGCGCUCGAACCGCUCUGUCGCAUCUUUCGCCACGGUAACUGUCGCUGAGGAUCAUGGGAAGGCCAAUGUAACCUCCAUGCACGUAUGCUCAAAACAGGCGCACUCAAAAUCAAUAUUUGUACAUAAGAUUUAUUAUUUUGUUUUCGUUUCCUUCUCUAUUAUAUAUUCUGUUUUGAGCUGAAAAUACAAAAACAAACACUAUUUUUGAUUUUUUUGGUUACACAGAAAAAAAAUCAAAAAAAUAUUGACUUGUUUUUUCAUUUUUCAUUUACUAGAUUAAAUGGAAUAAUUGAAUGUACGGUUAAUACACGGACCUUCAGCAGAUCAAGGAUCAAGAUCUUUUGGCCAGUUUUAAUGUCUUUAUUUCGACUCUUGGCUUUUUAUGGUUGUGGAGCUAACAUAUAAAGGUAGUGUUUUUGAUAGAAAUAGAUAUAUUGGGAGGAUUUUCAUUUUAAUAGAAUAGAUUCUUUCGAAUAAUGAUACUAAGCUCCACCUGUUCAAGUCUUGUUUGAUUCUUGUCCCCAACUGGUCAUAGUUAUGUUUGUACAGCUCAGCCAUAUCUCAAGGAAACUUUCUUAUUUUCUGUCAUUAUGUUCCUAAAACUGAGUAGAAAAAAAGUCGAAAAAUUCAAAGUUAAAGUCAAAAUUUACAUAAAAACUCAGACUCCUCCCCUUCAGAUCUACUGUUUUGUGUAAAUUAGAACCCAUCGACACUAAUUUUAAAAUUCAGCUUUCCAUUGAAGACUCAUGUUUGUCCUGUUUAUUUCUCUGUUUUUCUCCUCUCAGCCAUCACGCUGAAGCAAAGAGGAGGAACAUUUGCUUUUGUACUGUUCAUGUGUGUGUGUGUGUUUGUGCAGCAGCAGCAGAAUGAGAGCAGAGCUUCCUGUGGACUACAGUUACAGUAGUCGGUGUGAAUCCAAUUACAUCCUCCCCACAGCGCUCAUUGUCUGGCUGCACUCACCUGCAUGUACAGUAGCUGAGUCUGUUACUAGGCAACCCAGCUCUUAAUGGACGAGGAAAAAAGCCGCUAUUUCAGAGGGAAAUAUUCCAGCUCAUUCAUGAGCAGCAGGAGGGAUUUAUCUUGUGUGUUUUUAUCAGACAGCUGAGUCCUGAUGUAGCUGAUUUUAUACAGUGCUGUUACAUUUUCAAACAAAGGAGUGAUGAUCACGAUGUAAGAGAAAAACUGUCCACAUGUUUAUUAGUGUUUUCCAUUGAAGAUCUCCAUGUGAGAACAUAUCAAUUGAUGUCCCAUCCCCUAACAGGCAGAUGAUGGCAUAUGACCGUCGCCUGGAGCCCCGUGUUGGUCAGCGGGUGCCUUACGUGAUAGUGUACGGGAUGCCUGGCCUGCCCCUCAUCCAACUGGUGCGGCGGCCCAUGGAGGUGCUGCAGGACCCGAGCCUCCGUCUCAACGCCACCUACUACAUCACCAAACAGAUCCUGCCACCGCUCGCUCGCAUAUUCCAACUGAUCGGCGUUGACGUGCCCAGCUGGUACCGGGAGCUACCCAGGGUGAGUAAAGUGUCGCUGUCACAUGACCUGUAUGUAGAUUACCAGCUGGAUUUGCAUAUAUCAGAUAUAAAUCCACUGUAUUGUCAUCACCUGUUAAUCAGCUGUAUUUACAUUACCUUUAACCAUCGAGGCAUCACUAAUAACAACUCUGGAACACCCUCAGUAUAAAAUAAAUAAAGGAAAGAGGGCAGAGUAUGAUUGAGGAUCAGUUUGUGUGAUUCAUUUCUCUGAUUGUUUGAAAAACAGACGCGGUUGAUUAGUUUGUUGUUUCCCUUAUUCGCCAAAAUAAAAGCACAAUUUAAUUCAGGAGAAAAGGAACAAAGGAGGCAGAGAAAAUCUCUGUCCCGCUACCUGCUGAGGAUCCACUGAGUCUCAUCAAACUUCAGAGCAGCUGCCGCCUCUGCCACUGUGUUAACGCUUCAGUUUACUAACAGAGAACACACGCCACCUGCUGGUAGAACAGACUAAAAAUGAAUGAGAUAGAUCUGCACAAAAUCAAGAAAACUGACAGGAAGGUAUCUUUAAUUUGCGGAUCUGUCUAUACUAUACGAUAUAAAUACUGGAUUUUAAACCAGAUGAAGUGUUUUGUGUAAUAAUGAUGUGGAUUAGACGUAGAUUAUGUGUUUCUGUGUCCGUCCUUUGAGAGGUGAUUCUGAUGAUGUAGCUCAUUGUGUCUCCCCUCAGGUCCAGAAGGCGUCCUGCUCCUCUGCGGUGGGUGGAGAGGAGGCAGGGAGGAAGGGAACCAUCUCUCAGUACUUCACCACUCUUCACUGCCCUGUUUGCGACGAGCUGACCCAGCUAGGCGUGUGUUCUUGGUGCCGCGCCGAGCCGCAGAAAGUCGCCGUCACUCUCUACCAGGACAUGAGGCAGUGGGAGAGACAGCAGGACCAGCUGCUGAAGGUGAGCUUUUACAGAAAAGGACCGAAACUGUGUGUGAAAUAUUUUUCAUUUCUGCAGUAAAAUUAGCUGUUUAUAUCAGUCAUAUAGAGCGCUGACUGAGCUAUUGAUUAAUAUUGCAAGAUAUUGAUUAUUCAUAAUGAUAAAAAUUCACCAAACUUAUGAAAAGGCACAUUUCUCCAAAACAGCUGUUUUAGUCUGACCAUGACCUAGUUGUGUGUUGUGAUUUUGGAGUCUCUGUAAUGUAUAACAGUGGAGCUAUUGAUUUUAGUUUGCUAAAGCAUCAUGCAAUUUGCAGACGGUCCCUGCACACUCGCCCAGCUACUGGCUGUGCAUAAAGAUCAAUGUUAUUCAUCCAGCUCUAAGAACGGCUUGUUUUUAAAAAAACAAAAAAAAUUUUUUUAUUCUUGUGGCUAGAAGUCUGUGCUAUUACGACGUGUAAGAGGCAUCAUUUGUGUUUGGAUAAUGUCUCAGUUAUUGAUCCCAGAAGUCCGAAUCUGUGAAAAUCUCUCCAACUUUACUGAACUUUUUCCCACUGCUGCCAUAUAUAAGCUCUCUGGUGCACUGCACACAAAAACAGGCACUUUACUCUACAGUUUUCCCCACCAGCUUCUGCGAGGUUUUCCAUCUUUUCCAGCCUCCUCUGCUUAGGCUCAGCACAACUUGUUUUUCAGCCCUACUUCCAAUAUCGCAGUUUCUUCUCCUGGUUUGAUGUACCUGGAAUCCAUCGUUUCAAACUUGCCGUUCGCUGGUGCUUCUUCUUCUUCUUCUUCUCUGGCAGGCUGUAUGCUAUCCAGCCUAAUGCUGCCCGAUACUAGUCAUAUCCAGAUCUAACUAACUUGGGCUUUUUUUCUUGCUCCGAGCCAGAGGUCUUCAAGCCCUGUUUUAGAGCAACUUUAACCUGCACACUAACUGUUCUGCAGACUCAGCUCAGCUUUUCUGCCAUGUAACUAAGUAGCUCAGCUUGAAGACUAUCUCUAACGUGUGUGUGUGUGUGUGUGUUCAGAUCUGCGGGAACUGCAGCGGCCAUGCUGAGCGUCGGGUCCCCUGUGUGUCUCUGGACUGUCCUGUCCUUUACAAGCUGUCCCGGAUCAACAGACAGAUCUCCAAGGCCCCCUACCUCCGACAGCUGCUGGAGCAGUUCUGAUGCGCUCCUGGACCCUCGGUGCUAACGGCUGCCCCUCGGUCAGCCCUCCUCCUCCUCUUCUUCACCUGUGUUUCCACUGUUCAGUUGUAAAUGUUGAAAUGGUGCUUUGAUGGAGCCUCAUCCUGUCUCUGAAUGUUGUUUAGUGUUCGUCUGCUUUUUGAGCCUCCUGUGAGGAGGUCGUCUCUCUUCCUCCUCUUCCUGUACGUCUUCAUAUUUGUUCUCCGCCCUCUCGAUCUGAGAGGUCUGUGUGCUGAGUGAAACUGAGGUUUGUGGCGUUGCAGUGUUACAUCACAGACCGCCUGUGUCUGCACCUGACCUGAGUGCAGACACACACUUGAUGUGUUGUUUCUCGUUUGACAGUUCAGACUCUCUUUAAGGAUCUUCCUGAAGAUGGACAACCUUAAAACCACUAACUGACUCUACAGCUUUUUAUACCCCACGCAGUCUUUUUGUAAAUAACCCUGUACAGCUCCAUCUAUGAACUCAUAGUACAUUAACAUUAAAAAAAGCACCUGCAGCUCCGACAAUGAAUGAAGUCAAAUCUAUACAUUCUGUAAAAGGAUGCUACUUCUCCAUGGUCCUAUCGAUGUCCACUUUAGCAGAUUUGACACUUCAGUGUUUGAACUGGAAACGAUUUCAGUUCUCAAAAUCUCAUGGGACUGUUGCAAUACUGUGUUUUGAUCAUUUAUGUCAUGCAGAGUCUAUUAUUUCCUUGUGCGUUUCUGGUUUUGUGUACAUUCUCUUAUUUUUCUGUGCAAAAGAAAAAAAAGCCAACACUCAUGUUCAGACUGAGCUUCAGUCUCCUCAAAGACAUACUUACACAGGGCCUGUGUAUUUGUACAAUUGUAAAAAAUCUACAGAUGAGGGAGGUGUUUUUUCUCUGUUUUUAAUGGACAUUGCUGUGGGUGGAGGUUUGAAAUUGAUAUAAUAAAAAGCCAAUGUAUGAAAACAUCUUUUGUUCCAUCAUUCAGCUUGAGAAAUCAAACAAAUCACAGAGAAAACACCGGAUGCACGAGAACAUGAAACACAGAAAUGCUGCCCUCUAAAAGUACUUUAUCAGUCACAGAAAUGAUGCUGAUUCGGUUCUUGUCAGUUAAGUCUUUUUAGCAGAUUUGUUUCUAUGUCUGCAUCAUUUUGCAUUAAGAGUAUCAGCAGGAGACACUGACGUAAACUUCUCUUUUCUCAAAGACGAAUUUUCUGCACAGAUUUCUUCUAACUCAUAUUUUCUACCAACUUUUCUGAUUCUCAAGCAGAAUUUGAGGCGCUGGUUCUGCUCGGUACGUAUCAACACACCAAAUUUAGUCCUGGUUUCAGUUGUUUCUGGUUUGACUGCCGGCCACCAUCUUUUGCUAUUCGACUCUUUAUUCAGGGUAUCUGUGGGGUCUUAAAAAGUCUUAAAACGUCAAAUAUACAAUAACUUAAAUUUAAGGUCUUAAACUGUCUAUAAUUCUCUUAAAAUCUCAUAAAAUGUCUUUAAUACGAUUUUAAAAGGUCUUAAAAAAGUAUUACAUUUACUUACAAAUGAAUGAAGUGCCAUACGAAUAAAGAUUGAUUUGAAGUCGUGUAAAAUGUUCCGAAUUCCCUUCAUGUCUUUUGAACUUCUUUGCCAGUAUGGAUGUAAAAUGGGUCUAGAAUUGACGUGUUAAAACCUUAAAAACAUUUCCUCUCUUUAGCUUAUAGCAUAUCUGGGAAGACAAAAACAUACAAAAUAUUUUAAAAAUAAGGAUGCAUGUUUAUGGGGUUUUGCUGAUAUCUUAAAUUAACUCUUUGGCUGAUACCAUAAACAAUUAAUAUUCCUUCCACAGUUUC